UUCUGUUCCUGACCACAGACGAACAUGCGAACUGCAGCCGUUUCUGCUUCCUUUUCUCGCAGAAUUCUCCUUUGCAUCGAGAAACUCUCAAGCUCGAUCUCCUGGUAAGCGCACCUGGAUGGAGGCUGCACACCUGUAAUUCAUCGUGGGAUGCAUCAAAUCCAGGAGGAAGCCAUUGUUUCUGUUAUUAUUGUGGUGGUUGAUUUGUCCAUCCAGCAUCCUUCUAGGGCAGGGGACAGCAAACCUUUUCAGCAGAGGGCCGGUCCACUGUCCCUCAGAGCUUGUGGGGGGCCGGACUACAUUUUGAAGGGGGAAAAAAAUCAAUGAAUUCCUAUGCCCCACAAAUAACCCAGAGAUGCAUUUUAAAUAAAAGCACACAUUCUACUCAUGUAAAAACACCAGGCAGCCCCCACACAUAACCCAGUGAUGCAUUUUAAAUAAAAGCACAUAUUCUGCUCUUGUAAAAACACGCUGAUUCCCGGACCGUUAGUUUGCCUACCCAUGUUCUAGGGUCUCAGGCAGGAGUCCUGUCCUUCACCUAAACUCUGCUCCUUUAGAUGCUGAACUUGGGACCUUCUACAUGCCAAGCAGGUGCCCUACCUCUGAGCUAUAUGGACCCUCCCUUUUGCAACCCAAGUGUUUUUUGCUUUUUUUUAAGACUUCAAAGUGCUGUCCAAGCUCUUGCUAUUUAUGAUUCCACUGGAGGAACCUGCUGGCAUGAGGAACACCCCCCUCCAACUCCUAUAAGCACAGCACAGGUCUGCGGCUGGUGGGCGGGGCGAAGGAGGGCCCCCAUGGGUGGGAGUCUUGCUACUGCCGCCUGGCCCAAUCCCCAAGCCAGCGAGGAGGAGUGGCUGAUGAAUAUGAACAGCAGCCUCUUCCUUCCCCUCCCUCUUCUCCUUUCCCCCUCCCAGUCUCUCCUGGCCAUGAAGGCAGCAGCAGAGCAGCUGAGAGGAGGAUGCUGAGGACCAGCCCAGACAGCAUCUUCCUGAAGAUGCUGCCUAGCUGAAAGGAUGGAGGGCGCUCAGGUAAGGCAGGGAUGAUACAGAGGCUGCCCUGUUUCCUGGCAACGAGGGAGAGAAGUCUAGGUCCAAGGGAGGCCGGGGGCGGGGGGGAAGAACUUGUCUGCAGAGAGACUUCUCCCAAGUCACUUUGCCCAGUCACAGCUAAAAGAUCCCUAGACAAGGGAUGCUCACUGCCCUGGGCUUUUUGAGGGCUGGGGAUGGAAGGAGGCCUUGAUGGGAGGAUGCCCGGUCCUUCCCCUUUGCAAGCCUUGCAUUCCACAAGAACAGGAGCACAGCUUCUUUGUGUACUGUUCAGCAAAUGGAGGCUUGCUGCCUCUGCCUCUGCCUGCCUUUUGUUUGGGGAUUUGCUUCCCCCAUCCCUCCACCUCUCUUUCUCUCCACCUCUCUCUCUCCCCUUUCCUCCCAAGUUUCUUGGGCACAGAUCGAAUUUCCCCCUCCGAUUCAUGGCUUUGAUUUCAUUCAUUUCUCUAGCUCUCCAGACUUUGGAGCAAGAGCCUCGUUGUGGAAUUCCAAGGUUUAGACGAUUGCAAGAAAGGGAUAGGAAAAAAAGAGAGAUGAGAAUUGCAAGCCUUUCUUUGAACUUUUUGUGCGUCGCAGAAAUACCUCUGAAGGUUACCGUCUGCUGCUGUCCUUACAGCUCCUUUCCCUUAGAAAGGAAAACAAUAAUAAUAAUAAGUGUUUGGCAUUUAAUGUUCAGAACAGCCACAGGGAAUUGGUUUAUUCGGAGAUGGAAGCGAGGUGGUGGGGGAGGAGCGAAACUUCAGACCAUUUGCCAUUUGUCUGCUGUGCAGAGAUGGUUCACCCCACUUUGAAAAUAACAGAAGGCAGCAUUCUGGUGCAAUGAUAUAUAACAAGAGACACAUGCUGUGAUCUUUGCAGAUGGGGUGUUUUGGAGGAAGGGACGGUCAUUUUCAUGUGUGUUUUAAUUCAUAAAAACCAAUAGAUCUGCGUCCUGGAAAUUUAGGGGGCCAUCUGUUUCCCCACAGAGAAAUAGCUAAGUGGAUUAUUAGUGCUGUUUGCAUGUAUCCCUGUAGCAAAUGGAUCGCCAGAUUUUGGAGAAGGUUGGAGGAACAGGGAGGUGAGGCCUGCAAAGCUAGCCACAGAUUCACGCUUUAAAAAAGCAAACAAUUUUUUUGGGGGGGGGGGGCACCUGUGCCCAACCCCAGAUCUGAUGCCAUCAGUGCUGAUGUUCUGCCUGGGGCUAUGACAGGUACGGUGAACAUAAGCUGCUAGCCAUGUGUUGGUCCCAGGCCCAUGCAGAAAAGGAAGGUUUUUUUAGCCCCUGGUUUGUGCGCUGGGUUUGGCUUAGCUGUGCAGCCCUGAGAUAUAGGAUUGAGGUUGAAUCCUGACAAGACAGAAGUACUGUUUUUGGGGGACAGGGGGCGUGCGUGCGUGGGGGAUUCCCUGGUCCUGAAUGGGGCAACUGUGCCCCUGAAGGACCAGGUGCGCAGCCUGGGAGUCAUUUUGGACUCACAGCUGUCCAUGGAGGCACAGGUCAGUUCUGUAUCCAGGGCAGCUGUCUACCAGCUCCAUCUGGUACGCAGGCUGAGACCCUCCCUGCCCGCGGACUGUCUCUCCAGAGUGGUGCAUGCUCUAGUUAUCUCCUGCUUGGACUACUGCAAUGCGCUCUACGUGGGGCUACCUUUGAAAGUGACCCGGAAACUACAACUAAUCCAGAAGGCGGCAGCUAGACUGGUGGCUGGGAGCGGCUUCCAAGACCAUAUAACACCGGUCCUGAAAGAUCUUCAUUGGCUCCCAGUACGUUUCCGAGCACAAUUCAAAGUGUUGGUGCUGACCUUUAAAGCCCUAAACGGCCUCGGUCCAGUAUACCUGAAGGAGUGUCUCCACCCGCAUCAUUCUGCCCAGACACUGAGGUCCAGCGCCGAGGGCUUUCUGGCGGUUCCCUCAUUGUGAGAAGCAAAGCUACAGGGAACCAGGCAGAGGGCCUUCUUGGUGGUGGUGCCCCCCCUGUGGAACGCCCUCCCAUCAGAUGUCAAAGAGAUAAACAACUACCUGACAUUCAGAAGACAUCUUAAGGCAGCCCUGUUCAGGGAAGUUUUUAAUGUGUGACAUCUUAGUGUAUUUUUGGUCUUUGUGGAAGCCGCCCAGAGUGGCUGGGGAAACUCAGCCAGAUGGGUGAGGUACAAAUAAUAAAUUAUUAUUAUUAUUAUUAUUAUUAUUAUUAUUAUUAAUAAUAUUAAUAUUAUUAUUAUUUUCUUCUCUCUCUCUCUCUCUCAAAAGCUGAAAUUACAUACCCUCCAACAUCUUGAGUCCCAAAACCGGUGUGCUUAUCUUCCCGCCUGAGUCACAUGUGGCCCGCCCAAGAUCAUGGAGCCCCAAAGAUGCACUUUUUGGGGUUAUGCUUUCAGGCGCUCCAAAACAUAAGAUUGCAGCCCUGAAAGAGAGCUUUUUUUCUGGGCGAGAUCUAGGCACAAAUAACACAAAAUCGCAGCACCCAAAAUGGCCACCUUGUUUUCGUGCGAGAAAGCAGGACGCCCUGAUUUUUUCCACAGCACUUGCGGGGUAUGAAAUUAGUUUCAUACUGCAUGCUUCUUGAUCACGCUAAUUUCCUGCUUUUUCUUCAAGGUGUCCAAAUUGUGGAGGUUGAUGCCAUAUUAUUUUCUCAGCAACCCUGCGAAGCGGACUAGGCUGAACAGUAAAGCUACCUAGCAAAGUAGGCCCCAUCUUCUCCAUGCAUUUAGAGCAGUGUAACACAACUUUAAACAGCCAUGGCUCCCCCCCCAAAGAAUCCUGGGAACUGUAGUUUGUUAAGGGUGCUGAGAGUUGCUAGGAAAUCCCUUUGUUUCCUUCACACAGCUAUGAUUCCCAGAGUGGCUUCCCAGGGAAUUCGGGGAAUUGGAGCUCUGAGAGGGCAAUGAAGGGGUCUCCAAACAACCCCCGACACCCUUAAUAAACUACAAUUCCCAGGAUUCUUUGGGGCAAGGGAAAGCCAUGACUGUUUAAAGUUGCUUUUAGAUGCAUAGUGCAGAUGGGGCUUAAUUCCCCCGAUUUCACUCAGGGAAGGUUUGUGUCCGACUGGGGUCCUGAGCUGGACUCUCUUUGUUCAAACAGAACCUUAAUCUGAAGAGGUGAGGAACUUUUGUCAGUCUCAGGAUAUCACAAGUUGGUAAAUACAAUACAGUGCCGUGCAAGAAAAAAAAUAGUCUGGUAAGACUGCUGUCUGGAACGAUUAAAGAAAACUUGUAGUUUAUUGCUCUUAGCAAAGAAAGACAUUUUUAUGCAUAGUGAAAUAUACUCGGAGUCGAGAGUGGAUUUCAUGCUUUUUAUUCAGCUCAUAGUGGUGAGGAGGAAUGAAAGUUCCCUGCUUUAUAUACAUUAUAUAUUAUCUGCUUUAUAUACAUUAUUUACACAAUGGGCCCCACGUGAUUGGCUAAUUCCGGGAUUCUCCUGUAGGCCAAUCGGGUUGUGGAUUCACUUCCACCUGGAGCUGGAUUGGGUGGCUCCUGCAGACCAAUCAGACUGCUGCAUUCUGGAUCCUAUUGUUCUAGGACCAAUCAGACUGCUGCAUUCUGAAUCCUAUUGUUCUAGGGCCAAUCAGACUGCUGCAUUCUGAAUCCUAUUGUUCUAGGACCAAUCAGACUGCUGCAUUCUGAAUCCUAUUGUUCUAGGGCCAAUCAGACUGCUGCAUUUUGGAUCCUAUUGUUCUAGGGCCAAUCAGACUGCUGCAUUUUGGAUCCUAUUCAACUCAGUAUAUAGGUUUUCACAUGUGGUCAAGGCAGAGCAAAGAAGUUAACACAAACACAUGCAAGCUCAGUGGUGUCCAAACUUUUUUUAAAGAGGGCCAGACUUGAUGAAGUGAAGGGCCAUGAGGGCCAACCAAAGUUGUUUACUUUUUUUAGGAUUGAAGUUGUUGAGCUUUUUUUAUGAUUUUACCCCAAAGUUGUUGAGGAAUAAACUGACACACGGACCAGAUUAUACAGACCGGCGGGCUGGAUUAGGCCCCCAAAACAAACUCUGGACAUGCCUGUGACACCGACUGACUUAGAGAAGAAGCAGGAGGAAGCGAAGUAAAGGAAGCAAUUUGCUUCACCAACAAUUAGUUAUGAAGAAAGGAGGAAUCGGUGAGGAGUAGCAGGUUUCCUUUCGAUCUGUUGCCCCUCCACUGGUUCACGUAGCUUAUUACAAGUGUUGUCGAUUUACUCUCAAAGGAGACAAAGUCCCCAAACGCUCAGUGUCUCCAUGCCCUGAAAAAAAACAUAGCAUUGUUGUAUUGCCUUGCUGUUGCGAUGCAUUGAUUAUCCGGCAUUCAAAGAACCCCUCUUUUUGUGUGAUAAACCUUUUGCUUCCUGUGAGGCCGGGAGCAAAACUUCAAAUCGUGUAAUGAUUCCUUUAAAAAGAAAUAAAUAGAAAAGUAAUCUGGGGAAGCUGCAGUUUUAAAGUGAGAAACAGCGUGUGUGUUUGCCUAUUUGUGUGCAUGCGGAGCUGCUUAAAUUUUCUCCCCGCCAUUCAUUUCUGGUCAAAUAACUCCCCUCCCAAUAUCAUUCCCUGCUGCUGGGUUUAAUAAUAAUAAUAAUAAUAAUAAUAAUAAUAAUAAUUUAUUAUUUAUACCCCGCCCAUCUGGCUGGGCUUCCUCAGCCACUCUGGGCAGCUUCCAACAAAAUAUUAAAAUACUGUAAUACAUCAGAAUACAUUCUAGCUGCUUAUUCAACUUGUAAUUGUGCAGGGGGAGUGGAUAUGUCCCGGGGAGGGAGAUUUUGUGUAUCAAAAUAGCUUACCAGUGUAAUAAACGUAAAUCUGCCCUUAUUCCCUUAUGGGGGACACAAGAGCCCUUAUAGAGUUCUUUGCAGGUUCUCCAUCGGUCGGAGAAAAUAACAGAGGCCAACCAGAGAAUAUUGAAAAGCAAAGCAGCUAGUAAGCCUGAUCUUUACUAACUGUUGCAACAGGGUGCUGCCCUCACACGCAGGAAAGGAGGAGGACCCAGAACCAAGGUGUGUCCACCCUUAUAUAGACAUUUUAAAUUGCUCGCCCCGGAAUCCAAGACCACCCCCUAGACAUAUCAUACCUACAUCACAGAAAGGGUGGUCUACAACAGAAAUCUGAGUGCAUUGUUUACCUCCUGUCUGGCAGGUUACCUGUUAAUCCUUACCUGAUUGGAUCCCCUGGGGAACCUGGCCAGUCUUUUGUAAUGACAAAUACUUAGUUCCUGAGCCAGGUCACAGGCUCACCCUAUUCAUACACAGACAUACCCUUAAGACAGGAUUUGUGAAGGAAAAGACAAUGGGGAGGCUUUUCCAUUUUCCUUGACCUUGCAGAGAAAACAGUUGGUUAUUUCACCAGAAAGGGGUUAAGCACACUCAGCUCCUGCUAUCAGCUCAGAACAGCAGCUUUCCAAGGCUGCUUCUCAGGUUUAAAAUACCACCCCCUCCUGGAACAUCACUAUAUUGGAUUCCCUCCUUUGUCACCUGAAGUGGGCUGGGCCAGAAAGAGCUAUACCAGGUGAUUUGCCACCUGCAGAUUUGAAUAGACCCCAGGUCCCAUCGCCAUGCUUGCAGAUUAAUCUUGAAGAGGAGCAACGGAGGGGUACAGAUUUUCUUCAGAGGGCACUUACAGGCUGUCGCUCUUUUCCGGUGCAGAUUCGAUCAGGUUCCACAAAUUUGGGUUGCACAAUUAUGUUGUUGUUUAGUCAUUUAGUCGUGUCCGACUCUUCAUGGACCAGAGCACGCCAGGCACUCCUGUCUUCCCCUGCCUCCCGCAGUUUGGUCAGAUUGUUUAUAAUUGUUUGCACAAUUAUAGCUGAUUGUUAUUGCCUUGCAUAAGGAAGCUGCUUCCCCGAAACAUGGGAAGUACAUUUUGCAAUGGGUGUGGUUUCCCAUAGAAAGUAAUGCAAAACGGAUUAAUCCGUUCCAGACUUUUACAAGCAACCCCUAAAACAGCAAUUUAACAUGAAUUUUACUAUCUAACGAGACCAUUGGUCCAUAAAAUGAAAGCAAUAAUCAAUGUACUUUACUAUAAAAUAAAUAAGACAGUAUUGUAGAUGAUAAAAAUUAAUUUUUUUUCUUAUCUGCACUGAUGAUAGUCAUCGUUUGGAUGGGGGGGGCUUUUAUUCAUUUCCGCAGUCACACAAUCAGUCAGUCAGUCAGUCAAUAGCUGAACUGGGUUCCACACCCAGUCAGAAAAACAAAUUAACCGAAAAAGCCUCAAAAACAGCACCAACACUUUGAAUUGUGCCUGGAAACGUACUGGGAGCCAAUGUAGGUCUUUCAAGACCGGUGUUAUGUGGUCCCGGUGGCCGCUCCCAGUCACCAGUCUAGCUGCCGCAUUCUGGAUUAGUUGUAGUUUCCGGGUCACCUUCAAAGGUAGCCCCACGUAGAGCACAUUGCAGUAGUCCAAGCAAGAGAUAACCAGAGCAAGCACCACUCUGGCGAGACAGUCUGCGGGCAGGUAGGGUCUCAGCCUACCUGUAUGGGAAAAAUAUGACUUUUGAGCCGCCUUGGCCAAAAAUGGCAACAAGGCAUUCCGUUUUGGAGACUGCAAUCCUGGUUUAAGGAGCCAUUUGGCACCUAGCUUAAAGAUGUGAAUUGCCUGUUCUUGGCCACUCAUGAAAAUGCAACUUGCUUUUCCGGAAUCUUAGCACAUCCUUAAGCCCUUGAGAUGUUUUGGACCACAACUCCCAUCAGCCCAAGCCAGCAUAGGCAUCCUUGCUGGAGCUGAUGGGAUUUGUAGUCCAACAACAUCAUUGUCCCAAGUCAGGGAAGGCUGUUCUAGGGAUUAACCCUGUUCUAGGGUUGAAUCCUGACAAGACAGACGUACUGUUUUUGGGGGACAGGAGGCGGGUGGAUGUGGGGGACUCCCUGGUCCUGAAUGGGGUAACUGUGCCCCUGAAGAACCAGGUGUGCAGCCUGGGAGUCAUUCUGGACUCGCAGCUGUCCAUGGAGGCGCAGGUCAAUUCUGUGUCCAGGGCAGCUGUUUAUCAGCUCCAUCUGGUACGCAGGCUGAGACACUCCCUGCCCAUGAACUGUCUCGCUAGAGUGGUACAUGCUCUGGUUAUCUCUCGCUUGGACUACUGCAAUGAGCUCUACGAGGGGCUACCUUUGAAGGUGACCCGGAAACUGAAAUUAAUCCAGAAUGCGGCAGCUAGACUGAUGACUGGGAGUGGCCGCCGGGACCAUAUAACACCGAUCCUGAGAGAUCUGCAUUGGCUCCCAGUAUGUUUCCGAGCACAAUUCAAAGUGUUGGUGUUGACCUUUAAAGCCCUAAACAGCCUCGGCCCGGUAUUCCUGAAGGAGCGUCUCCACCUCCAUCGUUCUGCCCGGACACUGAGGUCCAGCACUGAGGGCCUUCUGGCUGUUCCAUCACUGCAAGAAGCCAAGUUACAGGGAACCAGGCAGAGGGCCUUCUCGGUAGUGGCACCCGCCCUGUGGAACACCCUCCCACCAGAUGUCAAAGAGAACAACAACUAUCUGACUUUUAGAAGACAUCUGAAGGCAGCCCUGUUUAGGGAAGCUUUUUAUGUUUAAUAGAUUAUUGAAUUUAUUGUUUAGUUGGAAGCCGCCCAGAGUGGCUGGGGAAACCCAGCCAGAUGUGCGGGGUAUAAAUAAUAAAUUAUUAUUAUUAUUACUACUAUUAUUAUUAUUAUAACUGAGCUUUUCGUUCCACUUACGAAGACCUUUUGCCUCGUCUGCGGUCUCCAAACACCCUUAACUGGGGAGCCCUGAGCAGGAGUGUGGAAACGUUCCGCUUUCAUUGAGGGAAGACAUACUUGUGCCAUUGGGUAUUAUUGAUCUGCUGGUUUAUACAAUAUACUCGCCUCCAUCCUUUUCUAAUUAGAAAUCACUAAGGAAGACGAUUGCCAAACAAGCUGAGCUUCUGCUUUUGGAGACCAGAGAGAUGUCUUUGUUUUUGUUUUAAAUCAUUUCAGAUCAAUACGUUCUACCUCCAUGGUUGGAGGCGGUGAAGGCAGAACAGCUAUAGCUUAAAUUUCUAUUAAUGUUUGAUUGGUUUUUAAAACAAUUAUUAUUAUUAUUUCCAUGUUUUUAGCUGUUCUGAUUUUAUCUGUCAGCUGCCUUGAGAUGCUGUCAGGGGAGAAGGUGGGGUAUAAAUAAAUAUAAUAUAAUAUAAUAUAAUAUAAUAUAAUAUAAUAUAAUAAUAAACAUUCAGCCAGAAACUUAAAGGGCUUGUUUGUAUGGUUCAGUCUAGAACAGAAUGGUACAGUCUUCUUCAGUCUGUAGAACUCUGAUAUGCAGGAGAAAUUAUCAUUAUUAAUUUGCCUGUUUAUAAGAUUACUUACCUGCCAUUCGCCGUAAGGUACCAGUAAGGGCUGCGAGUUUGUAAUAAUACUAGAGAAAACCUAAUAAAAGAGUUGAUGGAUUAUUAAAAAAAUAAAACAAAACAAUUCCCAACAAAAGCAGCACAGUAUAGGUUCAACGAAACAGAAAUUGCCGGUCUAAGGCCACAACUGAGUGUCUUGUGAAGUAGAAAAAUCCCUUGCACAUAGAAAGCUAGCCUCUCCUGGAGAAGGGUCUUGGCCUGACCUUCUCCCUGAUGUGCUAGUUUUCCACAUGCAAGGAGAUUUCCUAUUUUUCUUUUUAUGGCACCUUCUUAGUAUGUUUGCAUUUAAAUUUCUCCCACCUCUCACCCCUUUGCAAAGCAGCUGCCCCUGGAUUAAGGGUGAAAGUAUUGUAGCGAAGCACUGUUGGGAUGCUUUAAUCGCUGCACCUACCAGUGUCUCUGACUGAGCCUGGCACCACAGGGUGGCAUGUUUAGAGAUGCCAGCUGCCAACAGGCUGUCAUGUUCCUUGAACUUCAGGGAUUCAGGUGUUUGUGAUGAGCAGAGCAAGCACCUCGAUCAUCAUGGGUACCUAGUAGCUCCGCUCAGAGGGUGGCCACAUCUGGCUGUGCUCUGUUGUCCAUCGAUCCCACCUUCGUCGCCAGUGUUAAGUUGUGGGUGAACAUAUCAGACGAAACAGCGAUUCUUCAAACAGCUCUUGUUUAUUCACAGGCCAGAACAGAACUGAACUGAAGGGUUCAGCUAGCCUGCUUAUAUAGAGCUCCACUAGAACGCAACAGUAACCAUUUUCUGUAACUAUCCAAUCACUGAACGUCACUUUCGAUCCCUUAUUUGCAUAUGUGAACCUGAACUAUCUACAGUACCCCCCUGCUGGCCCAGGGUGAGAACUUCAGUACAUAGCAGCAACCAAACCUUUAUCCCAGCUUCCAAAUCUGCAUCCUUUUGGUGGCAUAUCUGAACUGUAGGUAAAAGUAAAGGGAUCCCUGACCAUUAGGUCCAGUUCUGGCCGACUCUGGGGUUGCGGCACUCAUCUCGCUUUAUUGGCCAAGGGAGCCGGCGUACAGCUUCCGGGUCAUGUGGACAGCAUGACUAAGCUGCUCCUGGCGAACCAGAGCAGCGCACGGAAACGUCGUUUACCUUCCCGCUGGAGCAGUACCUAUUUAUCUAUUUAUCUAAACCACAGAGCCUAGGACUUGCCGAUCAGAAGGUCAGCGGUUCGAAUCCCUGCGACGGGGUGAGCUCCCGUUGCUCGGUCCCUGCUCCUGCCAACCUAGUCAAAGUGCAAGUAGACAAAUAGGUACCGCUCCGGCAGGAAGGUAAACGGCGUUUCCGUGCGCUGCUCUGGUUCGCCAGAAGCGGCUUAGUCAUGCUGGCCACAUGACCUGGAAGCUAUACGCUGGCUCCAUCGGCCAAUAAAGCAAGAUGAGCGGCGCAACCCCAGAGUCAGUCAUAAAUGGACCUAAUGGUCAGGGGUCCCUUUACCUUUACCUAUUAUAUGUAUAAGUCCUUAAAUUUUUUAUUUCAAGAGCUUAACUGAACUGAGAGCUCUCUUUUGCUUCUUGCUUCCAGGUCUUGCUCCCCGGCACCGUUCGCUCUCCUCGUUCCCCCGCACGACGCUCCGCCAGGAUGGGCCCCCAUCCGAUGGGUUUCCCCGUCUGCCUCUCCCUCUGCCUCAUCCUGCUCAGCUCCUGCAGCCCGCAAUGCCUCGCUUUCUGGGAGGCGGAGGGGCGGCCCGCGAGACAACUACGCCAGGCCUUUCCGGAAGAUCCUGGAAACGUGAGCGUCCCGGGUCCAGAAAGCCCCUUCAGCUCACCUGCGCAAGCAGCCGGCAGUGCGGCUUCCGGAAACCUCUACGAAGGCGCCACAGCCGAGCCGGCCGGGGAGCCGUUAAACACCGCCACCACCAUCAAAGCCACGCUGCCAACCAGCCUGGAUGCUCAAAGUCCUUCAGGACGCCAGGGUUUGGAUGUUGAUGCCACUGCCUCAACCCCAGAGGUGGGUGGCAGCGAGCAGCAGUUGGACCCCAGUGUGCCCAGUAAUGAACUGGGGAGCAACGGGCAAAGCGAAGUCCUGCUUGCCCCGGUUGUGACAGCUCCAGACCCGAACGUGAGGGGUGAUGGGUUCAGCACCACCGCACGAGAGCUGGUGGAGGGUGGCAGGGCAGGAGACGGGCUUGGUUCAACGGCGGACGUUUUCGCGCCAGGCGUCUUGGAAGGAGGCAGAAGCGCCACAUGGCGACCGGCCACAGAAGAAGCGCCCAUUUCCAAAACGAUAGCCAGCGGCCGCUCCGUGACUCCUUCCCCUCCAGCGGGUCAAUACGUUGAUUCUGAGCAAGGGCCGGACAGAGACGAGCCCUCGGUUUUGAGCAGCACAGAGGGUCCUGUCUUGGCUCCGACUGACGCCGCCUCGGGUUUGCAAAAGGGGAUCUCCACCGAUCGGGAGCUCUUGAAAGGCGUUCCUAGUGCUGCGGCGACUGUCACGCCGCAAAGCGACGACUGGGAUGAUACAAAAUUUGGGCCCGCCAGUCGGGUGGGUGCUCUAGGACCCAUGGCGGAGCUUUAUCCCUCCGUGGGGGGAGAAGAAGAGGAAGACGAUGUGAAGAAGGCUCUGUCGCCGAGAUUAUCGGCAGCCGCGGCGAAAGGAAGCAAAAAUGUUCAGACCGGGUUGGGCCUGGCGUCUGCGGCAAGCGGGGAGCCCACCUCGCCCUCUGCCAGCAUGGAUCCUGCCCGUGUCGCUGACCCAUCAGCGAAAGCCCUCUCUGGGAGCGCAGUGGAAAAUGGAGACCCCUUUGCCACUUCCCUUUCCAGAUCCGUCGCAGAGACCACCGCUACGACGGACGCGACCAAAUCAGAUGUCUUCCAAACCCCGAGAGAUUCGUCAAGAGGUAAAUAAAUUCCUCCUUUUGCUUUCAGUUUAUUUGGUAUGCGUCCCUAUGACCCGGAAACUGUAUGCCGGCUCCCUCGGCCAGUAAAGCGAGAUGAGCGCCGCAACCCCAGAGUCGGCCACGACUGGACCUAAUGGUCAGGGGUCCCUUUAUCUUUACCUUUACCCUAUCCCGCCUUCCCUUCAAGCUGCUCAACAGGGCAUACACAAUCCUGCCCCCCUCCCCAUUUUAUCCUCACACCAGUCCAUUGGGAUGGGUUAUGCUGAGCGGCCGUUACUGUCCUGAGGUUGCCCAGUGACUUUCAUGGCCAAGGGGGUGGGAUUUGAAUCCUGGCCUUCCAGGUCCUCAUCUAGCACUCUAACCAUUACACCACACUCCUCCUCCUUGGCAGUUCCUUUUUUCAAGAAUGGCUUGGAAUAAAGAGCCAUUGGCGCGAGAGGACUUGGCCUACAUUGCCAUCAGGCAAUGAGAUCACCUCCUUGGGUGGCACUGUGGUCUAAAUCACUGAGCCUCUUCGGCUUGCUGAUCAGAAGGUCGGCAGUUCGAAUCCCCGCGACAGGGUGAGCUCCCGUUGCUCUGCCCCAGCUCCUGCCAACCUAGCAGUUCGAAAGCACGCCAGUGCAAGUAGAUAAAUAGGUACCGCUCCAGCAGGAAGGUAAACGGUGUUUCCGUGUACUCUGGUUUCCGUCACGGUGUCCCGUUGCACCAGAAGUGGUUUAGUCCUGCUGGCCACAUGACCAGGAAAGCUGUCUGUGGACAAACGCCGGCUCCCUCCGCUUGAAUAGCGAGAUGAGCGCUGCAACCCCAUAGUCGCCUUUGACUGGACUUAACCAUCCAGGGGUCCUUUACCUUUUUUUUUACCUGCACUUUGGAACUCCCUGCCUGUUGAUACCAAGGAGGUGUCUUCAGUGUGCCCUUUCCGAUGCCUGUUAACAAUGUUUUUGUUUAGGAAGCCUGCCUAGAUUUUGCGAAAGCUGACACGUGUUUUAAUCUGUUUUUAGUCUAUUGUAGUUUUUUAAAAAUAUAAAUUCUGGUUGAUUUUAUUGUUCUAUCUGUUUUGUAAGCCGCUUUGAGGGUUUGUUUGAUUUUUUUACAGUCAAGUGGCAUAUAAGUUUUAUGAAAUGAAAAAAAUAAACCUUCCUUACUCUGUGUCCCUUAUCUGCCCAAAAUGAUCAGAAGAGAUUUUAUCUUCUUUGAGCCUCUUCCUUGAUUCCAUUCCCUGUUUGCUGGCUGAGGUCUGGCACCAGAGCCAAGACGUUUGCUUUGGUGUCCCAGAUAUCCUGUGUAUCUGGGCUCUUUGGUAUUUGACCUGUAUUAUAACACUGUUGCUGGCAGCAUUCACUCAUUCAUUGGCCCAGAUUGCUCAAUAGAGGGUGUGUUCGCAUUACUGCCUUCAAGGGGUAAGUUGCUGGGCUCUUAUUUUUUUUUGUGUGUGUGUUUUUCACAUCUCCUUUCUGCUCACAUCAGCACAGCUUCAUUAGUGUCGGAUUCAUUUCUUUCUUUUUUCUUUUUGUAUGGAAUCUCCUGGCCCUUCAGGAAUUUUAUUUACAACAUAACACAACCCCCCCCCCCAUUACGCAAACCCACCCUCAUUAAACGUGAACAUAACAUGCAGGGAGCAUAACAUACAACAAUACAAACAACCAAAUAGAAGACUUCCUUUAUCCUGUACAUAUCUGGCUUCCUUAUUUACUUCUUAUAAGCUGUUUCCUUUAUGCAUAAUCAUUAAGUUUUUUUAUAAUUAUAGUUUAAAUAUCCACAAAGUCUCCUGCAGACAUUAAUCAAAACAAGUCCAGGUAUGUAUUUUAGGGCACUGUUUUGUGAAGUAUUCUCUGCAUUUCCCCCAUGCUUUUUGAAACUCUUGUCUAGUGUGAUCUCUAAUUGCCUCGUUAAUCUAGCCAGUUCAGUAUACUCUAACAGUUUGUUUUGCCAUUCCUUUUUUGUUGGCACAGUUUCUUUUUGCCAGUUUUUAGCAGUUAGGAUCCUUGCCGCUCCUGUGGCAUAGAGGAAUAUUUUCUGAUCUUCUCUUGCUAUACCUGUGUCUGCUAUCCCUAGGAGAUUCAUUUCUGUGCGUUCCAGAGAGUGUUGACAGGGCAGGGAUGCUGUUUAUCCUACUGAAAGGUGUUCACACCUUGGCUUGAGAUGAAUUAGGUUUAAGGACUCCAAUUGGUGUGAAACUGGUUGGAGAAGCAACACAUCAACGAACUGAGAUGUAUGCAUUUUGGAUAAUGUCAUGUUGACACAGACUAAUGUUAAUGGAGAAAUCUGAGGGCUCCCUAGGACAAAAAACAAGGACACCAGCCAGGAAUAGCAGAGCCAAACAGCAGCCAGUAGGCUUGGUCUUGAUUGAAGACUGUCGUAACAGGACUCCCACCUGCCACAAGGUGGAACAAGAUGGAAGCCUUGAACAAAAGAGAACCCAAACUUUUAUUAGCUGCUAAUCCCCAUGUUACACCCCCCCAAACUACAUCACUCAUACAUCACGGUUACAUCAUGAAAGGGGAGGUCUGGUGGCAGUAAUCUGAGCAUCCUGGACUCUGCCCCAUGGUUCCACUUGCCCUCCACCAAACGCCCAUCAAGUGUAACAAAAGAGAUAUUUACAUUUCCCUGUUUCCCAGCCAAGUGAAUCACACCCUUUUGUCUUCAUCUGGGUUUGUUAUUUCUGGAAUGGCACUCAGGUAUCAGGAUGCCAGGAAUUAUCACUCAGGCAGAGGGGCUGCUGAGUAGCUGAGCUCACUUGUCUACAGUCAUACCUCAUGUUACGUUUGCUUCAGGUUGAGUGUUUUCAGGUUACGUCCCACGGCGAGCCGGAAGUACCGGAAAGGGUUGCUUCUAGGUUUCGCCUCUCGCGCAUGCGCAGACGCACAAAAUGACGUCACGCGCAUGCGCAGAAGCGGCAACCCGCGCACCCGCAGAUGUGGGUUGCGUUCCUUUCAGGUUGCGAAUGGGCCUCUGGAACGGAUCCCGUUUGCAACCAGAGGUACCACUGUAUAUGAAUUUCUGAAGUUUUCCCAGUGAGCCAGUACAUAGAUACAUUUAUCAGUGAGUUCUUACAUUUGGUAUUGUGCAUCAGAGGCCCUUUGAAUAGAUAGGAAGAAACUGUGAUGAAGUGUUUUGUGGGGACAAAUCACAAAAGUCACAAAAGUGAUUGUGCUGAUUUUGGUAGUGGGCUGCAUGUGCAUGAUAUCUGCUGGAGGGGCAACCCCCCCAAAAAACCUAUACAUAAAUUCCUGCAGCGUUAAAAACCCAGCCAUGGAAAUGCAGUGAGUGCUCAGUGAACGGUUGUGGUUUGACUGUCAGGCUAAGACCUGGGAGACGAGGGUUCAAAUCCCCGCCCCGGCCAUGAAGCUCACUGGGUGACCUAAGAGCCAGUCACUCACUCUUAGCCUAACCUACCUCACAGGGUUGUUGUGAAAAUAAAAAUGGGGAGAGGGGGGAGAAAAUGAUGCACGGCACCCUGAGCUACUUGGAGGAAAAGUGGAAUAUAAAUGAAAAACUAAACAAACAAAUAAAUCUUAGCUUACUUAUACUGCAAGACGAACCAUGCCUGCUCAGAAGCCACUCCUGCUGAAUUUGAUGAGAGUAGGAUAAGUGGUGUUUGAUGUUUGAAGCUCAACAUCAAAAAAACGGAGAUCAUGGCCACUGGUCCCAUCACCUCCUGGCAAAUAGAAGGGGAAGAAAUGGAGGCAGUGAGAGAUUUUACUUUCUUGGGCUCCAUGAUCACUGCAGAUGGUGACAGCAGUCACAAAAUUAAAAGACGCCUGCUUCUUGGGAGAAAAGCAAUGACAAACCUAGACAGCAUCUUAAAAAGCAGAGACAUAACCUUGCCAACAAAGGUCUGUAUAGUUAAAGCUAUGGUUUUCCCAGUAGUGAUGUAUGGAAGUGAGAGCUGGACCACAAAGAAGGCUGAUCGCCGAAGAAUGGAUGCUUUUGAAUUAUGGUGCUGGAGGAGACUCUUGAGAGUCCCAUGGACUGCAAGAAGAUCAAACCUCUCCAUUCUUAAAGAAAUCAGCACUGAGGGCUCACUGGAAGGACAGAUCCUGAAGCUGAGGCUCCACGACUUUGGCCACCUCAUGAGAAGAGAAGACUCCCUGGAAAAGACCCUGAUGUUGGGAAAGAUGGAGGGCACAAGGAGAAGGGGACGACGGAGGACGAGAUGGUUGGACAGUGUUCUCCAAGCUACCAGCAUGAGUUUGACCAAACUGCGGGAGGCAGUGGAAGACAGGAGUGCCUGGCGUGCUCUGGUCCAGGGGGUCACGAAGAGUCAGAGACAACUAAACAAUUAAACAACAAAGGAUAAGUGGUGUUAGGUUUGCAUUCUACAGCUCCCAGGAUUCCUGAUGCCCUUGCAGGAAACAGAGACUGGUAAAUAGGAUUGCCAGGGCAUAUCUUUUGCUUCCCCUAAAGUUUCAUUCCCCUGAUUCCCAAAGAAGAGGCAGGGGAGCUUUCAAAAUUCUGGCAAGUUUGCAUUUUUAGCCAGCUGCCACAAUCCGAUGCUGGUCUGGCAGCAGCAGCAGGAGGAGAUUUUUUUGACCUUCAGGCUCUGCGUUCUGGAGCAACUGCUGCCGCUGUGGAAUUUUUCCUGCAAGCAGCACAGAACUUCUGCAGCUUCGAUCCAGUGUUUUUUGGCUGUUUCUUUGCCACUGCAGUGAGCUAGUUUGGGCAGGCCCAGGCUCUGGUGGUGGCUGGCUGCUUUGACGGAAAUGUCCCCAAAUGAAAAAUGGAAAAAACCCCAGAGAAAGUGUCAUUGCAGGAGGGGAGCCUUGGUUACGCUAGGCUCUGACGCAGCUGGAGAGAUGGCAAUUGCUGCCAUCUGUCUUGCUCUCGCUUUCCGGAGGGGAGGCCGGGUGAUCAAUGGAGACCAUGUGGGUGUGAGGAUAUUGGAACAUAUCCGGCUCGGCUCCUGCAAUGAACGGCUGUUUCUGCAGCAGGAGGACUAGGUCAGCAAACGCUUGCUGCAAGAAGAAAAAAGGGAGAAAUUCCUGCCAACUUCUUGCACACGUUGUCUUCUGUACAAUGUGCAUAGGGGAUAAAAUUGAACCCAGAAGAACCCCACAUUGAAGGCUCCAUGCGGCUGAGGAGCACUCCCCAAGCUGCUGCUUCUUUGGCAAUCACCCGUAGCCGAGUCAGAUUGUCUUCCAUAAACACAGUUUUAGCAGUGAGUCCGUAAGUGACUGUGGAGGCCAAUUCUGGAUCCACACAUCCUUCCACAGUGGGGACAUUGGUUUCCGGGCAGGAGUUGAUCACCGUGAGGGUUUGUCAGCGUGCUUUCCUCUUAGCACGUUUCUCCCUUUCGUCCUGAGUUCGAGUGUCUUCAAAGCUGAGGACACCUUUGGUCAAGGCUGUUCUCCAACUGGAGCACUCGCAGGCCAGUGUUUCCCAGUUGUCUGUGUUUAUACUACAUUUUUAAAGAUUUGCCUUGAGAGAGUGUUUAAGCCAGUGUGAGAGAGCCAGUGUGGUGUAGUGGUUAAGAGCAGUAAGCUCGUAAUCUGGUGAAUCGGGUUCGCUUCCCCACUCCUCCACAUGCAGCUGCUGGGUGACCUUGGGCCAGUCACACUUCUCUGAAGUCUCUCAGCCUCACUCACCUCACAGAGUGUUUGUUGUGGGGAAGGAAGGGAGAAGGAGAAUGUUAGCCGCUUUGAGACUCCUUCGGGUAGUGAUAAAGCGGGAUAUCAAAUCCAAACUCCUCUUCUCCUUCUUCUUUUGUUGACCACCGGCACUACAUAUUCCAUUUUUAAGUUCGGAAUAGAGUAGUUGCACCCCAAGUAUUACCUUCUGGAAAUGUCUAUCCAAGUAGGACUGGAACCACUGCAAAAUGGUGUCACCCACCCCUAGUUCGGAUGGCUGUUCCAUUAGGAUACCGUGGUCGAUGGUAUCGAAAGCCACUGAGAGAUUGUGGAGAAUUAACAGGGAUACAUCAUACAGUUUCUGUUCCAAAACUGGGCCUAAACCCCGACUGGAAUGGACCUAGGAAAUCACUUUCUUCCAAAUACAUUUUAAAAAGAAUAAAAAAUGAAUGAAUGAAUGAAUGAAUGAAUGAAUGAAUGAAUAAAUAAGGGUGCUCUCAAUGCAUUCGGCUUUCCCUAAAUGGGUCGGUCCAGUAACAGAUAUUUUAUCUUCUUCUGUGUUUCCCACCCCACACCCACCAGGCGUUACUCCUGGGGCAGCAACAUCAUUCCACGAGGCGGGUGCCGUGCUUCUUCCAGCUGUGACACAAGGCGACUUUAGCACCCAGGAAGCCGCAGGGCCAGAGAGGGUGAUGGAGGGAGAAACACCAACAGAUUUCAGAAUCUCCCAGCUGCCAGAAGACUCUGUGGCUGCUGCUUCCCCCCUUGCCACCAGUUUGCCUGUUCUUAAAACACCGGAUGCAAAAGGUUGGUAGACUCUUCUUUCUUUCUUCUUGGCCGUGACUCCAUAAUAAUAUUACUUUUAUUAUUUAUAUCCCGCCCAUCUGGCUGGGUUGCCCCAGCCACUCUGGGCAGCUUCCAAUACAUGCAAAAACAUGAUAAACCAGCAAACAUUUAAAAAAAGAAAACACUUCUUGAUACAUGGUACAGCCCACAGCUUGUGUUAUACGAAAAAUACUGUUCGCUUUCCCUUAUGGGGUAUCUAAGAGCCCGUAUAGAGUCCUUAUGUAGGUUCUCUAUUGGUAGGAGAAAAUAACAGAGGCCAGCCAGAGAAUAUUGAGAAGCAAAGCAGCUCAUAAGCCUGAUCUUUAUUGAUCUGUUGCAACAGGGUCCCCUGCUCACCCCACGCAGGGAGGGAGGAGAGGAACCCAGAACAAUGGUGCGCAAGCUUUUAUAUAGACUUUUGAAAUUGCCUGCCCGGUAGCUCAAGACCACCCCCAAAACAUCAUACAUACAUCACAGAAAGAGGUGGUCCCCAGCAGAAAUUUGAGUGCGUUGCUUCUCUCCUGCCUGCCAGGAUACCUGAUAAUGCCUUAUCUGAUUGCCUUAUCUGGGUAGCCUGGCCAUUCCUUUGAGAUGGUAAAUACCGUAGAUUCCGGCGUAUUAGGCGACUGGGCGUAUUAGACGACCCCCCAAAUUGGCAGCUGCAAUUUGGGGAUUUGCUCAGCUCCGCGCCGGGAGAAAGCUGCCCGGUACGGAGCUGAGCCUGCCGCUCGCUGCUGCUGCUUCGGGCGCCACCACCAAGAAGGCCCUCUGCCUGGUUUCCUGUAACCUCACUUCUUGCAGGGAGAGAACUGUCACAAGGCCCUCAGAGCUGGACCUCAGUGUCUGGGAUGAAUGAUGGGGGUGGAGACGCUCCUUCAGAUAUACUGGACUGAGGCCGUUUAGGGCUUUCAAGGUCAGCACCAACACUUUGAAUUGUGCUCGGAAACAUACUGGGAGACAGUGUACGUCUUUCAGGACCGGUGUUAUGUGGUCCCGGUGGCUGCUCCCAGUCACCAGUCUAGCUGCCACAUUCUGGGUUAUUUAUGGUUUCCGGGUCACCUUCAAAGGUAGCCCCACGUAGAUCGCAUUGCAGUAGUCCAAGCGGUGUAGACAAUAUUGUAUAGUCAGUCACCAGGCCUUCCAUCCAUGCUGAAAGACUUCAGUUCAUUUGGCCUUCCUUCUUUGGUUCUGUAUAGCAAUUAGGAUGCCUCCAACUCUGAUUCUAUGACUAAACCAACAAACAGCAACAAUAUUAGGAAGAGUUUUUUGACAGCGGGACAGACUCCCUUGCGGUCUUCAAACAAAAACAUCUUGGAGGUCCCGGACCACAGGGAGCUUAUGCUGGCCUCAACCAGAGCCAGGGCUUUUUUGGCCGUGGCCCUGAUCUGGUGGAACUCUCUGUCACAAGAGACUAGGGCCCUGCGGGACUUGACAUCUUUCCGCAGGGCCUGCAAGACGGAGCUGUUCCACCAGGCCUUUGGCCAAGGCACAGUCUGACCCCCUCCUCUGGUGAUCCUCACAGUACUCUAGCCCAAUGGUUGCCAUCAAUUUGAUUUUUAAUUGAUUUUAGAGUGAAUUGGUUUUAGAAUGCAUUUAUAUCAAUUGAUUGUGAUUUUAUUUAAAGUGUGUUACUUUUAUUGUUGUUGGCUGCUCUGAGCCUGGCUUCGGCUGGGGAGGGCGGGAUAUAAACAAACAAACAAACAAAUACCGUAUUUUUUGCUCUAUAAGACUCACUUUUUCCCUCCCAAAAAGUAAGGGGAAAUGUGUGUGCGUCUUAUGGAGUGAAUGCAGGCUGCACAGAUAUCACAGAAGCCAGAACAGCAAGAGGGAUUGCUGCUUUCACUGCGCAGCGAUCCCUCUUGCUGUUCUGGCUUCUGAGAUUCAGAAUAUUUUUUUUCUUGUUUUCCUCCUCCAAAAACUAGGUGCGUCUUGUGGUCUGGUGCGUCUUAUAGAGCGAAAAAUACGGUAAAUAAUAAUCUGCCAUGGAUGCUCUAGUUGAGAUUCCUGCAUUGCACGGGGUUGGACUAGAGGACUCUUGGGGUGCCUUCCAACUCUAUGAUCCUGUGCAAGAGGUUGUUUCCUCCCUCUGCCAAUAAUCAAUAUUCCACCCCACCGAGCAUGCUCAGUUCUUGUCGGGCUGUUUUGAGAGGCUUCCUCCCCUCACUCUUUUCGGGUGUUUCUCCUAAAGAUUUUGUGGUACAGUGGUACCUCAGGUUACAUACGCUUCAGGUUACAUACGCUUCAGGUUACAGACUCCGCUAACCCAGAAAUAGUGCUUCAGGUUAAGAACUUCGCUUCAGGAUGAGAACAGAAAUCAUGCAGCGGCAGCGGGAGGCCCCAUUAGCUAAAGUGGUGCUUCAGGUUAAGAACUGUUUCAGGUUAAGAAUGGACCUCCAGAACGAAUUAAGUUCUUAACCCGAGGUACCACUGUACUUCUGCAAGUCUAGAGGUCCCUGCCACCUGCUGAUAACUGCGAGCCAGAUCCUUAUAUUCUGCGCCCCUCAUGCUCUAUUUUUGACAGUUGCACCGGGUCAUGCAGCUGCCAAUCAUCUUAGCAUCCCGACGAUGUCAUGUGAACCGUUUUCUUCCCCCCCCACUUAAUUUAUUUAUUAUUAAUGUCGCGAUACAUAUAUGAAAUCUUUACACAUUGAUACAUGUACAUUAUUCAAUUUUUCGCAAUCAAAUAAUUGAUUGAAAAAUUGGAAAAAGUGGUAUUAUACCGACAAAAAUAGAGUGGCUUGCCAAAUUAUUGGAGUAUUACAAUAUAUCCAAAACAAUGGGAGAAAUUGGAAGGAUCUCAAAAGAGAAGAUAGACAGGGACUGGAAGGUAUUUAAAGGAUACUUGCAAAACCAUAUUGAAAAAUCAGAACUCCUAUUAGAAUAAACAAGUUCCGUUCUAAAUACUGAAAUACUAAAUAAGAUUGAUAAUAAUGUGCGCUCCCAGUCACGCAUUCUGAAUUAGUUGUAGUUUCCGGGUCACCUUCAAAAGUAGCCCCACGUAGAGCGCAUUGCAGUAGUUGAAGCAAGAGAUAACUAGAGCAUGCACCACUCUGGCGAGACAGUCCAUAGGCAGGUAGGGUCUCAACACAUAGCGUGCCAGAUGAGAGCUGGUGGAUGGCUGCAUGGGAAACAGGAAUUGACCUGCGCUCCGUGGACAGCUGUGAGUCUAGGAUGACUGCAGGUUGUGAACCUGGUCUUUCAGGGGACUGUAUGAUCAGGACUAGUAUGUUCUCCGUACCUGCUCGUAUACUGUCCCACAAACUACUGUGUGUAUUAUCAUGAUUGAACUUCAAUCUGUUAGCCCAUCCAUCCUCAAACCGCCUCCAGACACUAACACAGGACCUACACCUUCACUAAUUCUGAUUUAAAAGAGAGAUAUACAUUAUAUACCUAAACCCACAUUUUCACAUUUCUUUAUGUACCCACAUUUAUCCAUUUCUUAUUUCUUGCCCCGUGUCUUCCCUCCACCCGUGCGUGACUUCCUUGUUAUCAUUUUGUAACUUUAUUAUUGAGAUUGUAAUUUUGUAUCUUAAUAAUUAAACAUUCAAUCUUAGUGAACCGUUUUCCUUUCCCUGCGCAGUUUGAGAUCCAGUGGUGCGGGCAAAGGCACAGCCCGUUGCGACCACCAACGGUCAGCUGAUUUUAUGCGCUGGCAGAAGUUCUGGCCUCUGCAGGAACUGCCCUGCACACCUGACAGCAUAUAGGAUGUCAUGCAGAGGGCCAAAUAGGGAGUCUGGUGCAUUGGAUUAGGCCCAAGGGCCAGAGUUUCCUCACCACUUACCGUAUUUUUCGCUUUAUAGGACACACCUUUUCCCCUCCAAAAAUUAAGGGGAAAUGUGUGUGCGUCCUAUAGAGCGAAUGCAGGCUGUGCGGCUAAGCCCAAAUCCAGAACAGGGAGACGGAGCGCUCCGUCUCGCUGUUCUAGCUUGGGGACGGCUGCGCAAAGCCUCCGCAGGGGGCCUUCACCCCGCUGCCCUGCGGAGGCCACAAAGGCGGUCCCGGAAGCGUCAAGCCUUUGGAGUGCAGCGGGAACUUGCGCUGCGCUCCAAAGGCUUUGGGUCAGCGAAAGGAAAUGACGAACCUCCCCCCUCCCAACAGUAGGCAGGGCGUACACUCUGAGCUGUUUAACCCUGUAAGCUCAGGUUCUCCUCACUAUAGAGCAAAUGCAGGCUGUGCAGCUAAGCCCAAAUCCAGAACAGGGAGCGCUCCGUCUCGCUGUUCUAGCUUGGGGACGGCUGUGCAAAGCCUCCGCAGGGGGCCUUCACCCCGCUGCCGUGCGGAGGCCACAAAGGCUGUCCCGGAAGCGCCACCUUUGUGCUGCUCCUCAGCCUCUUUGAGGCUUUUCCCUGAGGAGGGAGAAGGGACUGACUGGCCAUGUCAGUCCCUUCUCCCUCCUGGUCGAAAAGCCCGCAGGAGCUGUGCGCUCCUUAAAGGGUGUGCGGCUCCUGUGGGCUUUUGCGGGAGAUUUUAUUAUUAUUAUUAUGGGGGAAUUCCCCCACCUCCCACAAAAGCAAGGAGAAGAUCUGGGAGUAGUGCACAGGCUGCGUGCAGCCAGUCCGCUGCUCCCAGAGCUGGGGGGGGGGGGGAAUCAUAUUUUUUUCCUUGAUUUUCCCCUAGGUGCGCCCUAUGGUCAGGUGCGCCCUAUAUAGGAUGUAGUCCUAUUCUCAGCUCCUGCUUCCAUCUGCAUUUUCCAAGCUGUAAAGGCAGAGGAUCCAAUUGAGAUCUGAGCUCGCAUUUCAGCCCAGAGCCUUCCCCGGAGGUUCAGUUCGCUUUGCCUCAUGGUGCACAAAAACGGAACACUUUUUGUUUUUUUAAAAAUAAUUUUUAUUAAGUUUCUUUUUUUUUUUAAGAAUAAUUUUUUAUUAACCGACCAAUCACAUCAAAUCAAACCAAAUUACAUAAAUUCCAAAUUACACAGCCGAAUUUUAAAUUUUUGUUGGGGGUACCCAUAUUUCAAGUUCCGAAGGGAUCCAAUCAACUUCUUGCUUCUUACUGCUGUUUUAAUGUCCACAAAUCUAACCUUAUGAUGUUCACAGUACUAUCCAGUCCUUUCUUAUUAUUUUUCCACAUCUCUUGUUGUUAUUUUCAUAUAUUUUUCCUUUUUCUUUGUGACCUCUGAUAGUCUCCGCAAGCUGGUUAGACAGUUUGUAAUCCUGCGUGGAUAUUAUUUUUUUUAUCCAGUAGCCAUAUCCAGACGUUUUCCAUAUAACAUCACUUCCAUACAUCAAAACAGUCUUAGCGUCAUUAAUCUUCACCAAUCUGCCUCCUUUCUCAAAACCUCUGAGGAGAUUCACUAGGAAUGCAGUCUGAAAACAAAUCCGUUCUUCCUCCCGGCUAUAAAUCCUUUGGCAAGAUGGCGACUCCGAAUUAAUUGCUGCGCCAUUCCAAAAGCUCUUAUUGCUUCUCGGUCUCCAUAAAGCAUACUUUUGGUUAAAGUUUAUCUCCACACAGACCUUAAUCAUCCUGCUUGGGCCAGUUCAACCGACGGUUCUAAUGAGGAGGGGUUCUUGUAAAUCACAUAGAAGGAAAGUAAAAAAGGUUCCCCCAUUCAGCCCCGUUGUCCACAGACCCCGCCCUUGGGGUAUCGUCCUCGUAAAAUAUUCCUGUUUCUCCAGCCCGUCGUCUUCUUUCGCAGAGGUCACGUACAUUAGCAGACUUCACGCCCCUACUUCACUUGAAAUAUGUGCAUUUGCUUCUUUUGUAAUUAAUUAUUCCAAAUUGCUGCAGCUAGUGCGCGAUCAGAGACAGCGUCCAGGAGAGCCGAGGUCCACACGGGGGCAUUCUGCCUAGGGCCCUCACCCCCUUCUUUCGAAUUAGGGGGUGAUUUAUGGGCACAGCAGGCAAGGGCAGUGUUCCCCAUUUCCUUGGGGCAACAAGGGAGGCUGCCUACUCCUAUAACAGCCUCUUAAUUACCCCGUGUGGGUUGGAGAGAUGGUAUUGUCGCCCCCUGUAAGUUUCUUACAGAUAUAACGCAUAUGACAACAAAAGAAAAACAGAAAAAACAAAAGAAAAAAGACAAGAUAAACAGAAAAUAAAAUAAAAACAAUACCUAAAUACCUAAACAACCUAAUCACCUAAACAACACAAAUUAAUUAUUAUUUAGAUUUCUAACCCCAUAAACAUAUUUUGGGCUUCAUCUGAGCCCUCACAUCUGAAUUUCCUUGUAAUUAAAAUGUAGCAGUUUUCUGGUAUCAUUUUUUUAAAAAAAAACACAGUAUUCCAAUUAAAAUAAAAUUUCUUCACUUUCCUUUAGGUUCUAAAUCUUUUUAUGAAAACGGAACACUUUGGAGAGGGAAAAUUUAAAAAAACAAGGGGAGCAUCUUUCUUACCGCGCUGCUAAAAUAUUUAAUAGGGAUGCAUUUAUAAUUAAGCUUGCUGGAAGCAAACUAAUUGCGUGGGGACUCUGACGGUAAUCUGUUAGCGAUGGGCCCUUGGUGUGGCUCAGACCAGCUCCUUGGGAUCACCACAAAGAAGACUUUGAAUAAUAAUAAUAAAUAAUAAAUAAUAAUAAAUUAUUAUUUAUACCCUGCCCGUCCCUGUUUAAAAACCAGGCUCAGGGCGGCUAACAGCAAAUAUAAAACAUGGAUUAAAAUGCGACUUAAAAAGAGCAUAAAACAGAAUAAAGUACAACAUAAAAUGCAGCAUCAAUAUCAAUAAAAUUCUAAAAUUCAGGGGUUAUUUUUUUUUGGGGGGGGGGAACCCAGUCAGUAGACAUCAAGUGAUUACCAGGGCUAACUGACCAAGUUGGUCCUACUAGGGCCAGCAAGGAGACCAGGGAAGAAUUUAAAUGUGGGGUUCCAGAAAGGGUUUCUUCAUAGAAGAGGAAAGGGGAAAAAGGAAUAAAGGAUCAGACUAAUUCACAUUGAAGGCCAGGCGGAAUAGCUCUGUCUUACAGGCCCUGCGGAAGGAGAUCAAGUCCUGCAGGGCCCUAGUCUUGUGGGACAGAGCAUUCCACCAGGUCGGAGCCAUCACUAAAAAGGCCCUGGCCCUGGUGGAGGAUAGUCUGGCUUCCUUAGGGCGCUGGGACCUUUAAGCUGUUAUUACAGUAUUCAUUUGAAGGCAUUUACACACACAGACCCUGAUGUUGGGAAAGAUGGAGGGCACAAGGAGAAGGGGACGACAGAGGACGAGAUGGUUGGACAGUGUUCUCGAAGCUACCAGCAUGAGUUUGACCAAACUGCGGGAAGUAGUGGAAGACAGGAGUGCCUGGCCUGCUCUGGUCCAGGGGGUCACGAAGAGUCGGACAUGACUAAAAGACUAAACAACAUACACACACACACACACACACACACACACACACACACACAGUGUUUACAAGUGAAAAUCCGCAUAGGGAGCUGGGUAAUCGCCUCUACCAGAACUCAUAGCUGGAGCGUGUGAUUCCUGGUGCUUUGACCUCCCACUUUAGAGAUAAACUUUUUGGUUCAUUCCAUGUUCUUCUGGCAGUUAAACAUUGUGUUUCCUACAUAUAAAAGCAGAUCUGGUGUGUUUUAAAAAUUGCGUCCUACCCUCUCAGCAUGUUAUCUUUUUGCUUGUCGUAGAACAGGCACCCCCAAACUCAGCCCUCCAGAUGUUUUGGGACUACAGUUCCCAUCAUCCCUGACCACUGGUCCUGUUAGCUAGGGAUGAUGGGAGUUGUAGUCCCAAAACAUCUGGGGAUGGCUGUCAUAGAAGCAUGGAAUGAUAGAGUUGGAAGGGAUCCUGAGUGUCAUCUUGUCCAACUCCCUGCAAUGCAGGAAUCUCAACUAGAUCAUCCAUGGCAGGUGGACAUCCAACCUCUGCUUCAAAACCUCCAAAGAAGGAGACUCCACCACCUCCUGAGGGAGACCCUUCCCCUGUCGAAGAGCUCAUACUGUUAGAAAUUUCUUAGAGAGAUAGAUAGAUAGAUAAUUUAUUACGGUCAGAGACCAGCUUAUAAAACACACUUGGGGGUACAAUCCCAGAAAGAGAACAAACAGUUAAAACAAUGUACAACAAUAAAUUUAAAAUUUAUAAAUGCAAUAAGCAUGUUGUUGUUUAGUUGUGUCCGACUCUUCGUGACCCCCUGGACCAGAGCACGCCAGGCACUCCUGUCUUCCACUGCCUCCCGCAGUUUGGUCAAACUCAUGCUGGAAAAGCCCCCACACGCUCCACACGGCUCUUUAAAGGGAGCGCUGAGCAGAGCCUCCCAAGUGCAUUCGCUCCAUAAGACACACACACAUUUCCCCUUGCUUUUUAGGAGAGGAAAAGUGUGUCUUAUGGAGCAAAAAAUACGGUAUGUGUUUAUGCCUUUAUUUUUGGUGACUCACUGGUCCCAAAUUUUUUUGCUCCUUGUUCCAGCCAUUUUGGGAUGGCAGCCACGGCACUUUUAUCAAGAUACGCGUGCCGGAAGCUCAUUCUUUAUCCCCCCCCCCCGAAAAAAGCACCACUCAAAUCACUAAAGGAAAUUAAAAGAAGAUAAAUGCAGCAAACAAAUACUCUGUCUGGCUGCUCCUCAGAAGAGAAUGCCAGGACCAGGACGACUGACUCAUGAUGAUGACAAAUCCUUUGGGAGAAUACUUUGUUCCUAAACUCUAGUAUGCAAUAAAGUUGCCUUAGUUAAUAGCAUCUGUGGGAUGUAAGCCACUGGGAGCAGUCAAGUACAACAUUCCUUGUAAUGCUAGAGAAGACAUGCCGGGUAAUGUUUGGUCCAGCUAGUCGAAAACUUUCUGUUUCCUCCUGGCUGGAGCAUCCUUCCUUUGCAUGUGUCUAGAGGUGGGCGUGACCUUACCUGUCCAGGUAACAAAAGGACAAGUCACGCAGCACGCUCUCCCUCUUUUUCACUUCCUUCUUCGUUUGACCAGCUUCUUAGCUAGGAAUGCUCUGCUAGCUUCUCAGAAGCACUGGGAUUAUUCCCCCAUAUGGGGUAGAUCCUCAUGUACAUAUUUGUAACUUAAGUCUGCCUUCAGGAAUCCAACUGUGAACUGAUGUGAGUAAACAUCUUUUAUUGACUUUGAAUAAGAUUGUCGUGUCUUUAUUCUUUUAAGAGCGAUUAAAGGGAACUUACCAGGAACAUACAAUUCAAUACUGAAUUGUAUAAUAGUGAGAGGCUUACACAAGCCUGCAACCAGCUAUCUGCUGUGCAUGUAUGAAAAGGGAAUGUAAACUCUGCUACAUAAAGAAACUUCCUAGCGCAAGUUAGGAAGGAUAUUAAUAGACAACAUAGCCUCUUCUGCCACCCUGGACAUUGCUUGUGAUGUUCUUGGGCUAGUUUGUGCUCAUUAUCCUUUUUUUAUUUAUUUCCAAAACCGAAAAAAGAAACAUUACAAACAUCAAAUUCAACAUCCAUAUUCAUUUUCUAACAUAAACCUAUUACAUAAUUAACUAAAUUGAAAUAUACCUAAACUUCCCUUUGCUGUAUACAAAUACAACGCAGUUAGAAAUUUUAUACUAAAGCUUUUAUAUUAUAAAUAAUAUUUCAAAUUCCCCUAUACCCCCUGUUCCCCUUGUGCAGGGGUAAGCAAGGAAAUAAUAAAAGAAUCAGCUGAACAAGGAUUAAAUUAUAGCAACACAACAAGAUGGAAGAAGUAAAAAUAAAAAUGAGAUCACACAUGGGUUUGUGCUCAUUAUCCAUGUGGGUGUUGGGUACACACCAAUCUCCUGUUUUCUCUUCCUCUUGCACAGGGUCCGUCACUGCCCUUAGUGGAGAGGAGGAGGAAGAUGUUUCUGUUGCCAGCUCUCCUGCAACUCUGGGGGACCAGAGAACGCAGGACGAAGGGAUUCUGGGAGCGACCGAAGCCAUGACAGUUCCGCCGACCUUGGCGUCUUUGACGAAGAGGACCACUGUCCCAGCCACGCACCGGAUCACCACGGCUGCAACCUAUGAGCUUGAUAGGCUGGAAUCAGAAGGUAUCUAUGUUAAGGCCUCGGAUCUCAGCGCCAGACCACCUGCUCUACUUGCAGAAGGUCCCCGGUUGAGUCCCCCUUAGCAUCUGCAGGUAGGGCUGGGAGAGAUCCUCCUUCCUGGAGAGCCACUGCCAGUCAGUGUUUUGCAAGCUUGGUUCCCCAGCUAUGGUUGGACUACAACUCCCAUGAUCCCUGCUAGCUGGGGAUGAUGGGAGUUGUAGUCCAACCACAGCUGAGGACCUAAGUUUGAGAAACACUAGGAGGACAACACUCACGUCUGGUGGACCGCUGGUUUCACUUCGGUAUAAUGAUAAUAAUAAUAAUAAUAAUAAUAAUAAUAAUAAUAAUAAUUAUUUAUUUAUACCCCGCCCAUCUGGCUGGGUUUCCCCAGCCACUCUGGGAGGCUUCCAACUGAAUAUUAAAAACAGUACAGCAUCAGACAUUAAAAACUUCCCUAAAGAGGGCUGCCUUCAGUUGUCUUUUAAAAGUCUGAAUGUCAGGUAGUUGUUUAUCUCUUUGACAUCUGAUAGGAGGGCGUUCCACAGGGAGGGUGCCACCACUGAGAAGGCCCUCUGCCUGGUUCCCUGUAACCUUACUUCUCGCAAUGAGGGAACCGCCAGAAGGCCCUCGGCGCUGGAUCUCAGUGUCCGGGCUGAACGAUGGGGGUGGAGACGCUCCUUCAGGUAUACAGGACCUUAUCACGUUCCCAGGUCCAGUACAAUCUCAGUUAACUUGUGCGUGUUGACUUUGCACUGGUUGAAAUUGUCCAGAUUACAUGCACACAUUUAAGCUCUUUUUGCGCUGAGUUUUCCCGGUGUGGAGCCAGCUUUUGAACUCUCCUCCUUGCUUACUGCGCAAGUCCCGCUCAGCGCAGGGACACUGGGAUGCUCUCGCGAGAUCUCACAGGAGCUCGGACAGCCCCCGUGAGAUCUUGCGAGAGGAGCAUCUCAGAGCCCCUGUGCUUAAAAGCUCUCUGCUUUGCUUUGGAGGUAAAGACCACUCAGAAUGCUGGCUCUGGAAGGUAAGGAUGCCUGACCAGGACAGGACAGUAGGGCUUACAUUUUGCACACAGUCAGACCCUGGUACCGCCAGCCGAACGGAUCAGGGAGUAGCCGAUGGAAAGGUGAGAGCUGGUGGUGUCCACCUUCCUCUGCAUGAAACAAGUUAAGAUUUAGCAAGAGGUGUGGGAUAUAGCUAUUAAUGAUAAAUCAACGUGUGCCAUUAAGGUAAGACGGGGAAUAUUCAGGAGAAAUGAUUUUGAGGAGAUGUGGAGGGUGUUUGUAGAAUUUGUACUGUUAAAACGGAAAGGGGUCAAACCAUCGCAAGAGGUGUUGAAAUUUUGGGAGGUUGCAUAGUUACAAUGGAAUGGUCUCAGUGGUGGGGUGCACAUUUUUAUUCUUAUUUAUUCUUACUACUUUGUCAAAAUAAAAUAAUAAAAAAUAACAACAACAACAAUAAAAUAAAUAAUAAAAGUUAAGAUUUAUCUUCGAAAGAGGAUCCCCCCCCUUUUAUGUUUUUGUCUAGAUUAGUUGCUCUUUUACUGUAAUAUAUUAGGAAAGGUCUUAAUAAAAACUUAUAUUGAUAAAUGGAUUUAACAGGAAAUAAAGUAGAAGAAACAGCUGGAUCUUCUAGUGGCCUGUCUAGUCCAGCACUCUGUUCUCACAGAGGCCAACUAGAUGCCUGUGGGAAACUCAAGCACAAGAGAACCUCUCUUGCUUUCCAACAGUGGAGGCAUAGGAUCGCCAUCCUGGCUAGUAACCAUGGGCAGCUUUGUCCUCCCUGAUUUUGUCCAGCCCAAUUUUAAAGCUAUCCAGGUUGGUGGUCAUCCCUGUGGGAGGGAGUUCCAUAGUUUAACUAUGCACAGCAUUCUUAGUUUUACUGAACCACCAUUCGGCUCUACCCAGUUGAGUCUUCUUCUCCUUCUUUGGCGAUCCCUCGUAGUCAAGUAAGAUUGUCUUCCAUGAACACAGUCUUAACAGUGAGUCCGUAAGUGACUGUGGAGGCCAAUUCUGGAUCCACACCUCCUUCCACAGUGGGGACAUUGGUUCCUGGGGGGGAGUUGAUCACAGUGUGGAUUUGCCAAGCGUGCCUUCCUCCUAGCACGUUUCUCCCUUGCGUCCUGAGUUCAAGUGUCUUCAAAGCCCAUGACACCUUUGGCAAAGGCUGUUCUCCAACUGGAGCGCUCACAGGCCAGUGUUUCCCAGUUGCUGGUGUUUAUACUACAUUUUAAAAAAGAUUUGCCUUGAGAGAGUCUUUACACCUCUUUUGUUGACCACCAGCAUUACGCUUUCCAUUUUUAAGUUUGGAAUAGAGUAGUUGCUUUGGAAGACGAUUAUCAGGCAUCCACACAACAUGACCAGUCCAACGGAGUUGAUGUUGAAGAACCGUUGCUUCGAAACUGGUGAUCUUUGCUUCUUCCAGUACACUGGCAUUAGUUUGUCUGUUUUCCCAAGAGAUGUGUAUAUUUUUUGGGAGACACCAGGAAUCUUUUGAGGAGUUGGAGAUGGCAUUUAUAAGUGGUCCAUGUUUCGCAAGCAUACAGUAAGGUUGGUGGUACAAUAGCUUUGUAAACAAGCAGUUGAGUAGAACUGGGGUGGCCAGGGUGGGAACCUGUUGUGGAGCACGACUCCUACCCCCCCAAAAAAAUCCUGGCUAUGGUGGCUGCAGCGGCAGCCUGAAACAUCUGGAGGGCACUGAGUUGGGGAAGGCUGAGCCCAGUUCCUGCUCACCGCGGCUCUGCUGCAUCAGCUCUUGUUUACAACAUGUUCACCAGAACGGUGUUAUGAAAGCUGUUACCUGCCUGGGUCCUAGUGGGACAGAUGGACUAUGAAUCAUGGAGAGAGAGAGAGAAAUAGGACGUUCCAAUUAUGAUUUUCCUUGCUUGAGGGUAAGACUGGACUUGUUUCCUGCUUGUUCUUCCAGUUAGCAAUCACUCUUUGGACUGGGCUGCAGGCUUGUUCCUUUGAUAUAAUAACCAGCAUCCCAUUUGGGCUCUUAUAAUUAAUGUGCUAAUGGGCUUCUGAGCAGGAUUCGUUCCAAGGACUGGUUUCUCCCAAGCAACUUAUUAAGAAUAGCUGCAGCCUAGUGGGUGGUUUGUGGCUGUGUGUGUGCGCGCUGGAAGCAGUAAUGCUUCUGAAAACACUGGAAAGGGAGCGUGGCUGGGGAAACCCAGCCAGAUGGGCGGGGUAUAAAUAAUAAAUAAUAAUAAUAAUAAUAAUAAUAAUAAUUAUUAUUAUUAUUACUAUUAGUGUGCUAUUAUUCAAAAAGAUAGUAAAGGUAAAGGUACCCCUGCCCGUACGGGCCAGUCUUGACAGACUCUAGGGUUGUGCGCCCAUCUCACUCAAGAGGCCGGGGGCCAGCGCUGUCUGGAGACACUUCCGGGUCACGUGGCCAACGUGACAAGCUGCAUCUGGCGAGCCAGCGCAGCACACGGAAACGCCGUUUACCUUCCCGCUGGUAAGCAGUCCCUAUUUAUCUACUUGCACCCGGGGGUGCUUUCGAACUGCUAGGUGGGCAGGUGUUGGGACCAAGCAACGGGAGCGCACCCCGCCGCGGGGAUUCGAACCACCGACCUUUCGAUCGGCAAGCCCUAGGCGCUGAGGCUUUUACCCACAGCACCACCCGCGUCCCCCAUUCAAAAAGAUAAGAACCCAUAAUAAACAAACAACAAAUAAAAAGCAUCUGGAUAGGCUUGUCUAAACAAAAAUGUUUUCAGUAGGCACCAAAAAAGAGCACCGUACAGGUAGGGAUGUGGGUGGCGCUGUGGUUCGAGCCUCUUUGGCUUGCCGAUCAGAAGGUUGGCGGUUCGAAUCCCCGCAACAGGGUGAGCUCCUGUUGCUCGGUCCCUGCUCCUGCCAACCUAGCAGUUCAAAAGCACGCCAGUGCAAGUAGAUAAAUAGGUACUGCUCUGGCGGGAAGGUAAACGGCGUUUCCGUGUGUUCUGGUUUCUGUCACGGUGUUUUGUUGCAUCAGAAGUGGUUUAGUCUAUGGAAAAACGCUGGCUCCCUCAGCCUGAAAAUGCUCCCAUCAUCGCCAGCCAACACAGCCAGUGAUCAUGGAUGAUGGGUGUUGUAGUCCAACAACAUAUUGUGAACCGCACUGAGAUCUAUGGAUGAAUGGUGGUAUAUACAUUAAACAAACAAACAAAUGUGGUGGGGGCACAGGGGUCUCCCCCUCCCAAUUCUACAUGAAUCUACAUAUGUCUCUCAACAGAGGCUUUCCCGUGGGGCCUCCCGAUUUACCUUUAAAAAAAAAAAGCUGCAAAAAGUAAGAACGUUUUUGUUCUGAAUGCAAAUCAUUGGGAGGGAGAUGCAUGUAUACGAAGAGAAAAGAAUUAGAAGGCCAUCUGAGCCCUAAUAGCAAACUGUUUUCUAAAAAGCAAACGUUCUGCUGAUUCUCUGCAGUGCUAUUGAAAAUGAAAAUGAGUUUGCAAAGAAGGUCGUUUGGCUCAGCAAACUUCUACCUUCCCUCUCUCUCUCUCUCUCUGCAUUUUCAAACAGCACCCAAAGAAACCCAAACUUGCGUGAAAGACAGGUUCUUGUGUGAUAUAUGAAAACUGCCUGAUACUGAAUCAGACCAUUGUCUAAUCUUGCUCAGGACUGUCUGCACUGUCUGGCAGCCGUGUCAGGCAGGGAAUAUUUCCCAGCCCUACCCGGAGAUGCCAUUGAAGAUUGACCUUCUGCAGUGAGCUUCAUGGCCAAAUAGGAAUUUGAACCCUGGCCUCCCAGAUUCUCCUCUGGUGCUCUAACCGCAAUACCACACAGCCCAUCAUCUGGCGAAUAACCCCUGCAUGCCAAUCCAAAUGAACACACAAGCUUUGUGGUGAGAAAAUCAGGAUGAAUAUUCAGUAAAGGAGGUUGUUUUAAGGAACCUUUCGCUGAGUCGGUAGAGCACAGGACUCCUGAUCUUAGGGUUGUGGGUUCAAGACCCGCGCUGGGCCAAAAGUUUCCUGCGUUGGACUAGGAAACCCGAGUCCAGCUCUACAAUUCUAUGGUUCCGAUUUUGUUGCAUUUCUGCCUGCAGUUACCGUAUUUUUUGCUCUAUAAAAUGCACUUUUUCCCUCCUAAAAACUAAGGGGAAAUGUGUGUGCGUCUUAUGGAGCGAAUGCAGGCUGCGCAGCUAUCCCAGAAGACAGAACAGCGAGAGGGAUCGCUGCGCAGCGCUCCCUUUCGCUGUUCUAGCUUCUGGCUUAACCCCUCAGUCCCUUCCCCCACCUCCCGGAAAAGCCCCCAAGAUCCGCGCUCCCUUUAAAGAGCCGCGUGGAGCGUGUGUGCGGCUCUUGGGGGCUUUUCUCCCUCCUUGGGGAAAAGCCUGCAAGCGCCGCACACAAACUUCAUGCGGCUCGUGAAAGGGAGUGCUGAGCAGAGCCUGGGAUGCAUAGAGGCUCUGCUCAGAGCUCCCUUUAAAGAAUAUUUUUUUCCUUGCAUUCCCCCUCUAAAAACUAGGUGCAUCUUAUGGUCAGGUGCGUCUUAUGGAGCGGAAAAAAACGGUAGGUGACGACAACCUCUGCGCUGGCGAAACUUUAUCUGGAAGACUGCACUGCCUCCCGGUGACCAAGAGAUGGCAGUGUUUCCUAUUGUUUCUGAGCAAUUUAACCAGGAGCAGAGCGUUAGGGCAAAAUGUUUUAGGAGAAAACAGAGCCAUUCUGCGUAGAAUUGUAGAAUUGUAGGUUUGGAAGGGACCCUGAGGGUCAUCUAGUCCAACCCCCUGCAAUGCAGGAAUAUGCAGACGCCCCGUACGGAGAAUCAAACCUGCAACCUUGGCACCAAGUUCUAACCAGCUGAGCUAUCCGCUGGCCCCAGAUGCCAGGCAGUACGGGGCUGCAGCAACCCACAACUUCCCGAUGAGACUUCCCGAUGACUGCGAUUCCUGCCUCUUUUUUGUCCCUUUGGGGGGUUCCCCAGCUGGAGCCCCCCCCCGACUCGUCGGCAGCACCCAGCCAUGACAGUGGCUAGUUGCCAUUGGUAGCACCAUGGUGUUAAAUGUGUCCUUGCAUCAAUACUCCUGGUGUUUUGUUCUUAAAUGGGAGUAGCCGCGCAGCCCUUCUCGAGCAGAAUCAGGACUGCAGUCCUUUAAUCCUUUCCCUCCAUGUGACCCUGAUUAAAAUAGUUGCAGGAAUUUAUGUAUAGGUUGAGGGGCGUUGCCCCUCCAGCAGAUAUCAUGUGCAUGCAGCCCACUACCAAAAUUGGCACAAUCGCUUUUGUGACUUUUGUGAUUUGUCCCCACAAAACACUUCAUCACAGUUUCUUCCUAUCUAUUCAAAGGGCCUUUGCUGCACGAUACCAGAUGUUAACAAUUCACUGAUCAAUGUAUCUCUGUACAGGCUCACUGGGAAAACUUCAGAAAUUCAUAUAGACAUGUGAGCUCAGCUACUCAGCAGCCCCUCUGCCUGAGGGAUAAUUCCUGGCAUCCUGAUACCUGAGUGCCAGACAGGUAUUUCAGAAAUAACAAACCCAGAUGAAGACAAAAGGGUGUGAUUCACUUGGCUGGGAAACAGGGAAAUGUAAGAUCUCUUUUGUACCACUUGAUGGGUGUUUGGUGGAGGGCAAGGAGAACCAUGGGGCAGGGUCCAGGAUGCUCAGAUUACGGCCACCAGACCUCCCCUUUCGUGAUGUAACCGUGAUGUAUGAGUGAUGUAGUUUGGGGGGGUGUACCAUGGGGAUUAGCAGCUAAUAAAAGUUUGGGGGCUCUUUUGUUCGGGGCUUCUAUCUUGUUCCACCUUGUGGCAGGUGGGAGUCCUGUCGCGACCGUCUUCAAUCAAGACCAAGCCUCCUGGCUGCUGCUUUGCUCUGGUAUUCCUGGCUGGUGUCCUUGUUUUUUGUCCAAGGGAGCCCUCAGAUUUCACCAUUAACAAAAUAAUAAUAAUAAUAAUAAUAAUAAUAAUAAUGAUAAUCUCCAGGCUGGGCUCCUCCAUGGAGGAAAUGGCUACUAGCUAUUUACGAUGGAUUGGCUUGGCUUCCACAGUCGGAAGCCCCCAAGAGCAGAAAUGGUCAGAAAUACUGAAAAAAACAUCUUUAGACCUGGCCAAUUUGGCCAACUAUCACCCAGUCUCAAAUCUUCCAUUCUUGGGCAAGGUGAUUGAGUGGGUGGUUGCUGAACAACUCCAGGCACGCCUGGAGGAUGCGGACCAUUUGGAUCCCUUCCAAUUGGGAUUCUGGCCUCACCAUGGGACUGAAACUGCCUUGGUCACACUGGCCAAUGAUCUCCGGCGGGCUAGGGACAAAGGUGAGAGCUGUUUCCUAGUUCUGCUGGAUCUCUCAGCGGCCUUUGACACCAUCGACCAUAACAUCCUUCUGGACCGUCUAGAGGGGCUGGGAGCUGGGGUAUACUGUUAUACAGUGGUUCCGCUCUUUUCUCCUGGGCCAUGUCCAGAAAGUGGUGUUGGGGGAUGAGUGUUCAGACCCCUGGGCCCUCACUUGUCGGGUGCCUCGGGGUUCCGUCCUCUCCCCCAUGCUUUUCAACAUCUACAUGCAGCUGCUGGGAGAGAUCAUCAGGGGGUUUGGGCUGGAUGUCUAUCAGUACGUGGAUGAUACCCAGCUCUACCUCUCUUUCAAAUCAGAACCAGUGAAGAUGGGGUAUAAAUAAUAUAUUAUUAUUAUUAUUAUUAUUAUUAUUAUUAUUAUCUGCCCUGGAUGCUGUAACUGAGAUUCCUGCAUGGCCUCUAGCACAACAAAAUGGUCAUCACCCGUCCAGCCUUUCUGCAUAGAUGCUGUUCCACUUUGCUGCAGCCAUCCCUCUCGUGGACUCUGGUUAUAUCAAUGGACCGCUGUGUCUUUCUCAAUAUUGUGCUUGUUCUUCUCUCUCCUGCCUUUCUAUUAAUAAAUAAUUUUUUUUAUUAGAUUUUCCAUUAAAAAAAAAAAAAUAUGACCAGAGAUUCUCCGAGGACUGGAAGAAAUUUACAGAGUAUAUCAAAAAUUUCUGUGAUGAGCAAAUAACGUUCGUUGGCUUUCAAGAAGCUCUGUGAAAUUACUGUUAGAAAUAUUGUUUAAAAAAUAUGAUGUGAUUAAGAGUAUUUGAGUGCAAUAUAAUAUUGGGAAAUGUGAGACGAGGAUAAAAAAUAAAUGGAAAAUUAUCAGACAAGCUGAGGGAAGUUCUGGAAAAAAGGGUUUAAGUUAAAAAUGGAUGUAUAAUUUUGUAAAAAUGUUUUUUUUUAUGGCCUUUCUAGAGGUAGAGGAAGAGGAGGAGGAGGAAGAAGAAGAAGAGGAGGAAGAGGAGGAAGAAGAAGAGGAGCCAGAGGAGGAAGAAGAUGAGGAAGACGAUGGCAACGAAGAGGAGAGGGACCCAAAUUCCAUGGACGAAAGCUUGGACGAAGACGCUAACCUGUCCAGCUUCACUCUUCCUGGGGAGGCGUCUCAUGAACCCCUGGAAGGGCUUGAGAACCCAGCCGGGGAGCUCUCUGGCGUCUCCUACCAAGUGCCAAGCGCCAUCGAAUGGGAACAACAGAACCAAGGGCUAGGUAAGCAACAUGCGUUCUCUGCUGCGGCGGGCAAGUUUUGCGGCAGCGAUCCGUCCCAGUACUUUUCUGAGCACAAUUCAAAGUGUUGGUGCUGAGCUUUAAAGCCCUAAAUGGCCUCGUCCCAGUAGACCUGAAGGAGCGUCUCCACCUCCAUCGUUCUGCCCGGACACUGAGGUCCAGCUCCGAGGGCCUUCUGGCGGUUCCCUUGCUGUGAGAAGCGAAGUUGCAGGGAACCAGGCAGAGGGCCUUCUCAGUGGUGGCGCCCACCCUGUGGAACACCCUCUCAUCAGAUCUCAAAGAGAAAAAUAACUACCAAACUUUUAGAAGACAUCUGAAGGCAGCCCUGUUUAGGGAAGCUUUUAAUGUUUAAUAGGUUAUUGUAUUUUAGUGUUUUGUUGGAAGCCGCCCAGGGUGGCUGGGGAAACCCGGCCAGUUGGGCGGGUAUAAAUAAUAAAUUAUUAUUAUUAUUAUUGAAAGUUUGCCGGGGGUGGGAUUCAUUCUCGCAAACUGAACACCCGCACCCCAAAACCCCGUUGUAAAUGUUUCAGGCAGCAGCUCAGAGUUAAGCCAGAUGUUUGGCUGUGUAGGCGACCGACACCCUGUUUUGCACCCUGACUGAAAUGCCGUUCCAGUUUAGGGAAUUUGACAUGCUGCGAUGUUUGCUUUGCACUGGGCCACAUUACAGGUGUUUGGAGCCUGUUCUUUGGGGGAUUCUGGGUUCGGGAAGACAUCUAAAUACGGCUGGGCAAACCUGUCCAUUCCAGUGCAUCAUUUCCCCACGUUUUUUAAAAUAUUAAACCAUGCUUCUAGCCCUCAUGUUGGGUGUUUGUGCACAAGGCAGCAGCCGGGAAGGACUUCCAGUGUUUGAACCACUGUUCUGUUUGUUUUCUUUUUCUAUUUCCUAUUUCUCUUGUUUUGUCUUGGUAUUUUUAACAUUCAUAAAAAGCUGGGGGGGGGGCAGUGGCGGUGUGGAGAAAGAAUUCCUUUUCAUUUCACUGAGAGGGACACAAACAGGAAUGGGACGGUCAGAGGAGGGGAGUUACUGCAGGAAAGGCAGGGUAGAAAGGAUUUCCUAGGUGGGAGAUGAGAGGGUCUAUAUCUCUGUGGAUAAAUGACAGGAUAUAUAUGCUAUAAAGAGAAUGAAGGGCCUUCUAGGUAUUUUCCCCCAUUUCCCCCCCUCUUGCUUUUAUAUCUUUUGGUUCUUGUUAAUAUUCUUGUUCUCCAAACUAGUUUGAUUCUUAUUGUAUUUUACGUCAAAAAUUGCCAAUAUAUAUAUAUUUAAUGGAAAGAGUGAGGUAUAAUAAUAAUAAUAAUAAUAAUAAUAAUGGAGGGAGAUGGUCCUUGAGUUAUUGGGAUCCUGAACUGCACAAGACACAAGGCAAAAUGUGGGGAAUAAUAAUAAUAAUAAUAAUAAUAAUAAUAAUAGUGGGAGGUGGUUCUUGAGUUAUUGGAGCCCUGAGCUUCACAAGGCUUUACAGGUAAAAAAACACACUUUUAAUUGGACGUGGAAACUAACUGGUAGCCAGUGCAGUUGCGCCCGGAAUGAUACAGUGGUACCUCAGGUUACAUACGCUUCAGGUUACACACUCUGCUAACCCAGAAAUAGCGCUUCAGGUUAAGAACUUUGCUUCAGGAUGAGAACAGAAAUUGUGCGGCGGCGGCGUGGCAGCAGUGGGAGGCCCCAUUAGCUAAAGUGGUGCUUCAGGUUAAGAACAGUUUCAGGUUAAGAACGGACCUCCGGAACGAAUUAAGUACUUAACCCGAGCUACCACUGUAUUUAAAAAAGCAGAACAGAAAUAGGAGCAUUAUGUGUGACGUAAGUGUCUUGCGAAAAGUUUGCGUAGCAGCACAAACAUCAACACACCAUGUUCCUAUCAUCACGAUUCCUUCCUUCCGUUUAUGAUAUUUUGCCCUUUUUGUUUGGAAGGGGUGGGUGGGCCAUCUUGAGAGAAAGGGAUAUGAAAACCUCCCGCAGAAGCCUUUCUUUUCAGUAAACAAAUCAAUCACAUUUUGUUUGCCCUGAGACCCCGAGAGAGGGAUGCGCUGGAAUCCAUUAGGAAAAAAAAAUAAUGUACGAAACCGUGUAGUUCUGGGUUUCCAAUAACAGGAUAAUUGCCUCUGACCUCGAGCGGCCGUUGCCUUUCAAAACUUGGAGAUCGGCAUUAAUCAGCGGGGGAAUCGAUAGAGCGGGUCUUUCCAGAGAGGUCGUUCUGGCAUUGGUACCUGAUAAAUAGAGAUCAAAGCGACUCCCAAGCUCCAAACUGUUUCCCAUUAGUCUAUUAGCAAUUUGGAACCACCUGACAUUUUGCUGUCAGCAGCGGCUGGCCAAGAAGGUUUAUUGAUCCGUGGGGAUCGUGGCACAGUCUCCUCCAACCUGGUGCCCUCCAGCUGCCAAGAAGGACAUUGGAAAGCUGGAAGGUGUGCAGAGGAAGGCAACCAAGAUGAUCAGAGGUCUGAAAGCCAAGCCUGAUGAGGAACGGUUGAAGGAGCUGGGGAUGUUUAGCCUGGAGAAGAGAACGCAGAGAUGACAUGAUAGCCAUCUUCAGGUAUCUAAAGGAGGAUGAAGCAAGCUUGCUUUCUGCUGCUCCAGAGGGCCAUGGAUUUCAAUUACCGUAUUUUUUGCUCUAUAAGACUCACUUUUUCCCUCCUAAAAAGUAAGGGGAAAUGUGUGUGCGUCUUAUGGAGCGAAUGCAGGCUGCGCAGCUAUCCCAGAAGCCACAACAGCAAGAGGGUUGCCGCUUUCACUGUGCAGCGAUCCCUCUUGCUGUUCUGGCUUCUGGGAUUCAGAAUAUUUUUUUUUCUUGUUUUCCUCCUCCAAAAACUAGGUGUGUCUUGUGGUCUGAUGCGUCUUAUAGAGCGAAAAAUACGGUGCGUGAAAGUAGAGUGCAACUAAAUUCAGGAGGGAAAUUCUAGCAGAAAGACCUGUGGAAUGGACUCUCUGAGGAGGUUGUGGGUUCUCUUUCCUCAGAGGUUUUUAAGCAGAGGCCGGAGGGCCACUGACGGCAUAUGAUUCUAUUACUGCAGUAUUGCGAAAGAACGAUGUCAAUCAAUGUUGGAUGAUCUCCUUCUACCGGUCCACAAUAGAAAGUGUCCUUUCAUACUGCAUCACGGUGUGGUACGCUGGUUUGACAUCAUCUGAUAGGAAGUGCCUAAAGAGGGUGGUAAAUACAGCACAAGAUAUUAUGGGCUGUCCUGUGAAUCUGCUGGAUGAAAUAGCGGAAGAACGUUGCCUCAGGAGAGUGAGGAAAAUUCUCAGGGAUGUUUCACACCCUGGCUGGCACUUUCUUGAUCUCCUGCCCUCAGGCAGAAGAUAUAGAAGCACGAUUAGUCGCACCAACAGGGUAAAGAACAGCUUCUAUCCGUGGGCUGCUAGGCUGCUGAAUGAAAAGAAAACAACAGGGCAACUGACUUUUGGGUUUGGUGAUUGUGCGUCAGUAAAGGAGGAGAAUUAAGACUAAGAGAGCUGAGUGGGGGGUGCUCGUGUAAUCUCACUGUAUACAAGUUGUACAAGUGACAAUGAAGUAUUUAAAUAGCUUCAAUUUCCCAUUAGCCCCAGCCCAGCUUAGCUUGUCCCCUAGCUCCUAACCAUGGACUCUGUUGUUGUUGUUGUUGUUGUUGUUCCUCCUCCUCCUCUUCUUCUUCUUCUUCUUCUUCUUCUUCUUCUUCUUCUUCUUCUUCUUCAAAAGUAAAUCAAACAGAUCAAUGCAACAAAAAUAACAGGUACACAAAAAAGCAGUGCAGGAUAUCCGAGAGAGACUUAAGAUUAGGUUUGUGGUGUGCUUAAAGACCAUUAGGGAAGCCAAAUUUUACAUUGUCCCAGUGCCAGAUUUACGUAUAAGCUAAACAAGCUAUAGCUUAGGGCCCCACUCUCUUGGGGGCCCCCCAAAAAAUUAAAGAAAAAAACACACCAGUGGAUGUAGAUUUCAAAAUUGUAUUUCAGUUCAACAAUUACUUUGAUAAAAUACAUAUCUUGUUAUGUGUGAAUGGCUUUAGAUACCUAUUAGGUCCAUCAAUUACCAUAUAGCAUAUAUUCAACACAAAAAACAGUGACAAUUUGUUGUUGACAAAGGACAGCUGGACAUAUAAAGGGCCUCAUUACCUUCAGGAGCUUAGGGCCUCAUCAAACCUAAAUCCGGCCCUGACACCUGUAUAGGGAAGUUUUUAAUGUUUAAAGUUUUAUUAAGUUUUUGUAUAUGUUGGAAGCCUUCUUAUUUUCUUAUGGACUGAAUUUCCCCCUCCCCACCCCUAAUUGUUGCCUAAGAUUCUUGUCUGCAGGCUAAGGCAACAGGAAGAAAGAAGCGACCACUUUUAAGGGUCUAGUCCUCAGCCUCUGAUCUCAACGCAGUGCCGGAUUUACGCAUAAGCUAAACAAGCUAUAGCUUAGGGCCCCGCUCUCUUGGGGCCCCCAAAAAAAUUAUAGGAAAAAAACCUGGGUGUACAUUUCCAAAAUAUAAGAUAAAUUAAAACCUACAUCCAGCAACAGUGUUUGGUGUUGUGUAGGCUUCUGUGAUGUAAGUCAUGGACCCCGCCUGCUAGCCUGCUCCCUAAAAUAUCACUGGUUUGCUCCUUUCUAUAUAUAGGGUGCCUACAUUCUGCAUGGACUGGCUGCAUGGCAACAUGUAGCAUGCAGCUGCAGACUGCAGUGCAGCACAGUUCCAUUCAGGUCAAGCUGUUGCACCUGCUAUCUAAUAUAACUGGCUGACUGACCGAACCCAAAGGGUGCUCAUCAAUGGUUCCUCUUCAUCCUGGAGAAGAGCGACUAGUAGGGUGCCACAGGGUUCUGUCUUGGGCCCGGUCUUAUUCCACAUCUUUAUCAACGACUUGGAUGAUGGACUCAAGGGCAUCCUGAUCAAAUUUGCAGAUGACACCAAACUGGGAGGGGUGGCUAACACCCCAGAGGACAGGAUCACACUUCAAAACGACCUUGACAGAUUAGAGAACUGGGCAAAAACAAACAAGAUGAAUUUUAACAGGGAGAAAUGUAGAGUAUUGCACUUGGGCAAAAAAAUGAGAGGCACAAAUACAAGAUGGGGACACCUGGCUUGAGAGCAGUACAUGUGAAAAGGAUCUAGGAGUCUUGGUUGACCACAAACUUGACAUGAGCCAACAGUGUGACGCGGCAGCUAAAAAAGCCAAUGCAAUUCUGGGCUGCAUCAAUAGGAGUAUAGCAUCUAGAUCAAGGGAAGUAAUAGUGCCACUGUAUUCUGCUCUGGUCAGACCUCACCUGGAGUACUGUGUCCAGUUCUGGGCACCACAGUUCAAGAAGGACACUGACAAACUGGAACGUGUCCAGAGGAGGGCAACCAAAAUGGUCAAAGGCCUGGAAACGAUGCCUUAUGAGGAACGGCUAAGGGAGCUGGGCAUGUUUAGCCUGGAGAAGAGGAGGUUAAGGGUGAUAUGAUAGCCAUGUACAAAUAUAUAAAAGGAUGUCACAUAGAGGAGGGAGAAAGGUUGUUUUCUGCUGCUCCAGAGAAGCGGACACGGAGCAAUGGAUCCAAACUACAAGAAAGAAGAUUCCACCUAAACGUUAGGAAGAACUUCCUGACAGUAAGAGCUGUUUGACAGUGGAAUUUGCUGCCAAGGAGUGUGGUGGAGUCUCCUUCUUUGGAGGUCUUUAAGCAGAGGCUUGACAACCAUAUGUCAGGAGUGCUCUGAUGGUGUUUCCUGCUUGGCAGGGGGUUGGACUCGAUGGCCCUUGUGGUCUCUUCCAGCUCUAUGAUUCUAUGAUUCUAUGAUUAAAGAGUGCUUGCAGACUGAUGAUCAGGCAGCAUAGACUAAGGGUAUGAGUCUUAUGCCUAUUGGUUGAUUUCAUGUACAGGUAAUACAUAAUUUAUUUAUUUUGAUCCCAUUAUAAAAAUAUUCAUCUUUAUUAUUUAGUAGGCCUAUACAGCGGUACCUCUAGUUGCGGACUUAAUCCAUUUCAGGGUGCCGUCCACAAGUAGGGCGUCUCUUCUGCGCAUGUGCGCGGAGCGAUCGAGUGCUUUUAUGCAUAGCGUGCAUAACGCUUCUGCGCAUGUGUGCGUGGUGAACCCGGAAAUAAACACUUCCGGGUUUGCCACAUUCGUAAGCUGAAAGUCCGUAACAAGAGCGAAAUGCAACUAGAGGUAAAGGUAAAGGGACCCCUGACCAUUAGGUCCAGUCGUGGCCGACUCUGGGGUUGCGGCGCUCAUCUCGCUUUAUUGGCCGAGGGAGCCGGCAUACAGCUUCCGGGUCAUGUGGCCAGCAUGACUAAGCCACUUCUGGUGAACCAGAGCAGCGCACGGAAACACCGUUUACCUUCCCGCCGGAGCGGUACCUAUUUAUCUGCUUGCACUUUGACGUGCUUUCGAACUGCUAGGUUGGCAGGAGCAGGGACUGAGCAACGGGAGCUCACCCCGUCGCGGGGAUUCGAACCGCCGACCUUCUGAUCAGCAAGCCCUAGGCUCAGUGGUUUAACUCACAGCGCCACCCGCGUCCCUGCAACUAGAGGUACCACUGUAUUAUUAUUUACUUGUACAGUUCCCUAUUACCCCGACUUGCUACUAUAAUACUAUAUAUAAAUAUUAUAAUUAUAUUAAAUGUUUUACUUCCUUAUAAAGGGCCCCAUUACCUUCAGUAGCUUAGGGCCCCAUCAAACCUAAAUCCAGCCCUGUAUUGUCCUGUGGAGACCAGAGUCCUGCGUGUCUGUAUUUGUCAUGUAUAAGGUACAAAAUGUAGUGAAAUAGCUCUGAGCAUGCAGAUCUGAGCUUGUAGCGAGGGGGUUCAGGCAUGCCCUAUCUAGGUGAGUUAACAUGGCAAAAGGGAACAGGAAAAGCAGGAAACGUAACUUCCUUCCUUCCAGGUGAGGGGCGUGGCCUUAUUGAGUCUAGGAAUACACCUCUGUGGUCUUAACCCUUUCAUGCAUUAACUAGCUCCGUGCCCUCUGGUUAUAUUUGACUACAAUUUCCCACACGAGCUUCAGAGCUUCUGAAUGACUCAUGAGAUCUUAGCGACACUUUCACCUUUUUUUCGAAAACCAAAUUUUCAUUUUCCUCCGCUCAGUUGCACAAACUCUGCUCUGGUUCAUUAUCCCCCAUUAUCCCUUUGAAUCUUAAUGAAUAGCUGCGGUUGUAAUUGCAGCCUUGGUGGGAAAUGUCACAUUAACACCACUCUGUGUUUACAAAGCCCCGGCGUUUCUCUAAACGGGGAAAGGUGGAAUAAUUAUUGCUUUCACUCGGCCCCGUGACGGAUAUGUUAAAAGCCGGCGCUCGUGAGAGAGGAGCUUCCCUGCGAUUAAGGGAACCAGGAAGUGUCUGUCAAAAGUCUGACACAAUGCGUUGAUAAAUUGUUUUGCAUGGUGUGCGGCCAGCAUCCUAUUAGGACCUGGGAGACAAGGGUUUGGCUCCCGAACUCAGCCGGGAAAUUCAUACGAUGACCUUGAGCUAGACACCAUCUCUCGGUUGCGACAGUAAGAACGAGGAGGGAGGGAACCAGGAACACUGCCUUGAGCUAUCGGCAGGAAGAGUGGGAUGUUAAUGUAACAAGUAAAUAAAAAUAGUAAUAAAAUCAUAGAAUGCAGGAAUGUGUAGCUGUCCCAUACAGGGAUCAAACCUGCAACUUUGGUUUUAUCAGGACUACGCUCUAACCCACUGAGCUAUCCAGGUAGAAGGUUUUCUACCACAGUUUUACUCGGUUGUCUUUGCUUUUUAAAAUGUGUGGUGUGGUGUAAGUGGGCAUUAUUGUCUUGGAAGAUGUUUAUUAAGGCCAAUUCUGGGGUGCUUUCUAAUACUUGCUUGGUUAUUUUACUUAUUUCUCGUAUGGUUGUUGUCCAGAAUAGUUGGAUUUUGGGGCACUCAUCUUUCCCUCCCUCUACCUCUUUCCCCCUUUUCUUCCUAAUGUCUCAACAAAUGAAACUGAUUUGUAAAAAUGUUACAUGGGGGAAAAAUAUGAGAGAGGGACAUUGCACACACUUUUGUAAAUCAACAAAAUCAUUAAUAAUAAUAAAAAAUAAGUAUACAGAAUAUUUUUAUUUUUAUUUUUAAAAGUACAAUGAACCAAUACAGUUACAGUUCUCGAAAACAAGUGAAAGCAAUUGUAAUAAAAAGUUAAAAUAAAAAAAAAAAGUGUGGUGUUUCGCCCCCCUCCUUUCUCUCCUAUCAGAAGGAGAUUGCAAACCUAGAUCGAAAUCUCCGUUUUGCUAUUAAUCCAAAGCUGGGAGGUUAAUAUUCCCCCUAAACCCUGUUAAUCUUUUUAAAAAGUCGUCAUUGCAAGUUGCCACGGUUGAUGCCGUAAGUUAUGGGCUUACGCCGCAGGCAUGUCCAAAGUCCGUUUGGGGGGACCUAAUCCGGCCCUCUGGUCGAUUUAAUUUGGCCCCUGUGGCAGUAUAUGUCCCUGGGGUAAAAUCCCCCCCCCAAAAGCUCAGGAACUUCAAUCCAAAAGAAAGCUCAACAACUCUGAUCAGCCGUCACGCAUGUUCACUUCAUCAAAUCUGGCCCUCUUUGAAAAAAGUUUGGGCGUUUUAUCUGAGAGAAAUAAUUGUCUCCCUACAGCCUUAUCCCUGUUCCAGGUACCACAUAAUACCAGUUCUGCUUUUGUAAGAAAUCGACCCCCACUUCUUCUUCUUUUCCUCCAGAGAUUUCCCUGCGAAAGCCUGCUCUUUAAAGCUCAAUUGGAGCAAACAGCAAUCCGCAGAAAACCUGGGCGCUAAAUGAAUGAAUGCUAAAGAGCAAGUUUUUAUGGGGAAAACAUGGGGCACUGAAUAACUGUGAAUACUGGUCUACCUUAAAAAAAAAAAAAAGAUUUAAGAAAGUUUGCUAACAGUAAACAUCGAGGUAGCUCAUCAUGUGGCUUUUUUUGUUCUGCCUCUAGCAAAAUUCAGUUUUGUUCAUGAUCGUGUUGUAAAUUAGGACUUUAGCAUUCGGGUGUUUUUUAAAUCAGCGACUGGCUGGUGCCUAGCCAAGAUUUCACACUGUGAAAAUCUUGUUGUUAUGGCUAAUGGCGCAAACAGUAACACUGCACCGAACUGAUCAAGGGGAAAGAAUAAAAAAGCAGAGAGAAGAGAAAGUAAUAUUAAUAAGGGAUCUUACUGUCUAACAGGGAAUGAUGGCUUUUGUUGAUUAAAUCUAAAUUUUUUUCACAAUUCCUCUCUUAGAAAGGGCACCUGCUUGGGGUAUUGAAUAAUAAGGAAACUGAUUUCAAUUAAAUUGAUUAAUUGGAGAAAGGCAGCGACUAAUACACUAAAAAUGAUUUUGUCAGUUGACUGCCCUAUUGGAAAAUGGAUGUUCGAGAGCUGAGUCACACCUAAUGAAAGCCGCCAGGGCUCAUAGGUGUUUAUAGGAAUUGCAAAUAUUUUGUAACCUGCCUUCUGUUCUUUCAUUUUAUUUUUUUCCAAAAAAAGAGAAAGCAUUAUUGGCAAUUAAUUAAGUUACACAAGAAAAAUUAUGUGCCGAAGAGGGACUUCCAGUUGAAAAAGACAAAACUUGUUCCUAUAGCUACACGUAUAAAUAAAGACACUCGUCUUCAUUGAAAAAAAACACCCUAUUAAUAUUCCGUGUACACAAUUCAACAAAUUAUUAGAUUUCGACCUGUGCAAUCUCUGGAGCUGGGAGGAUAGCUUCAUAUUUCGUUUUCCUUACUUUCUCAUGCUUAGAAAUAUAGAAAAUCUAUUCCCUGCCCGAAAUACCCAGAUCUUUUAUUUCGACUUGGCAAGGCAGGUCCCUGCCAAUUUUCGUUUUAGCAGACAAGGAGACCGAAAGCAAGAAAAUGAGUCUGUGUUAGAGGAGGGUGUUUAACCUCCGUUGUCAGAAUGAGACUCUGUUGUGUUAGCCCUGUGUCCAGGGCAGUUGUCUACCAGCUCCAUCUGGUACGCAGGCUGAGACCCUGUCUGCCUGCGGACUGUCUCGCCAGAGUGGUGCAUGCUCUAGUUAUCUCUCGCUUUUACUACUGCAAGGCACUCUACGUGGGGCUACCUUUGAAGGUGACCAGGAAACUAUAACUAAUCCAGAAUGCGGCAGCCAGACUGGUGACUGGGAGCGGCCGCCGAGACCAUAUAACACCGGUCUUGAAAGACCUACACUGGCUCCCAGUACGUUUCCGAGCACAAUUCAAAGUCUUGGUGCUGACCUUGAAAGCCCUAAAUGGCCUCAAAGGCCCAGUAGACAUGAAGGAGCGUCUCCACACCCAUCGUUCUGCCUGGACACUGAGGUCCAGCUCCGAGGGCCUUCUGGCGGUUCCCUCACUGCGAUAAGCCAAGUUACAGGGAACCAGGCAGAGGGCCUUCUUAGUGGUGGCACCUGCCCUGUGGAAUGCCCUCCCACCAGAUGUCAAAUAGAACAACAACUACCAGACUUUUAGAAGACAUCUGAAGGCAUCUCUGUUUAGGGAAGCUUUUAAUGCUCCUUCAGGGAUACUGGGCUGAGGCCGUUUAGGGCUUUAAAGAUGAUCCUCAGGGUCCCUUCCAACUACUUGACUUGAUGCUGCCCAUCUGAUCGGGUUGUCCCCAGCCACUCUCGGCAGCUUCCAGCAGCUUCCAGCAGCGUCAAACACAGACAAACAUCACUGUGUCAGCAGUGGGGUUUGUGUGUGAAGUUUCAGUAGCCAAGGUAUAUAUAAUGCCAAGGCCGACUGAGCCUCUUGGGCUUGCUGAUCAGGAGGUCGGUGGUUCGAAUCCCCGUGAUGGGGUGAGUUCCCGUUGCUCUGUCCCAGCUCCUGCCAACCUAGCAGUUCGAAAGCAUGCCAGUGCAAGUAUAUAAAUAGUUACCGCUGUGGCAGGAAGGUGAGCGGCGUUUCCGUGCACUCUGGUUUCUGUCACGGUGUCCCGUUGCGCCAGAAGUGGUUUAGUCCUGCUGGCCACAUGACCCAGAAAGCGAGAUGAGUGCAGCAACCCCAUAGUUGCAUUUGACUGGACUUAACAUGGGACGCGGGUGGUGCUGUGGGUUAAACCACAGAGCCUAGGACUUGCCGAUCAGAAGGUCAGCGGUUCAAAUCCCCGCGACGGGGUGAGCUCCCGUUGCUCGCUCCCUGCUCCUGCCAACCUAGCAGUUCGAAAGCACAAAGUGCAAGUAGAUAAAUAGGUAACGCUCCGGCGGGAAGGUAAACGGCGUUUCCGUGCGCUGCUCUGGUUUACCAGAAGCGGCUUAGUCAUGCUGGCCACAUGACCCGGAAGCUGUAUGCCGGCUCUCUUAGCCAAUAAAGCGAGAUGGGCGCCGCAACCCCAGAGUUGGCCAUGACUGGACCUAAUGGUCAGGGGUCCCUUUACCUUUAACUGUCCAGGGGUCCUUUACCUUUACCUUUACCUGUAAUGUCACCUGACUUCAGUUGAGAUGCUUUUCAUGUCCACAUCUGUCAAAUAAACUUCAUGGUAGCACCGUGUGUGUGUGUGUGUGUGUGUGUGUGUGUGUGUGAGAAUCAUCUCUGAUAUCAACACCUGCCCCUUGAUGAAAGCCUCUUGCUGGAUAGAAGCUCAUUGAUUCUUCCCCGGAAAGGACAGCCUUUCAUUUAUGCGAUCACAGCGUGAGUUCCUAAGGGGAGCCUCGCUUUAUCUUCCGUGUAGGCUUAGCGAAAGGAACUCCCUCCGUUCCGUCGCUUUGAUUGCUCGGAAAGUAGCACAGAUGGUUUGUAAGUGCCACCAGGAAAGACGUUGCUAAGCUGGCAGGUGAGACAAAUCGUGGUUCAAAGCCCCCCACAUCUGUUGCUGCUUGGGAGAGAAAAUGGUUUUGCACUGGUCUUCGCGAUUCGGCGCUUCUGCGCAUGCGUGUGACGUCAUUUUGCGCUUCUGAGCGGCGAAACCUGGAAGUAACCCUUUCCGGUACUUCCGGGUCGCCGUGGGACGCAACCUAAAAGAACGCAACCUGAAGCAAACGUAACAUGAGGUAUGACUGUAGAGAAGAAACUUUCAUGGAAUAAAUUAAUGCAAGAAGGAACUCUGUGUGCAUGCCUAUGAUGUGCAGGGAGUGUGGCUGCAGGGGGGCUUGGCAGUGAGGGCAGGGGACCCCUUGACUUCCUCUCCCUGCAUUCCUUGAAUCUAGAUAUGUGUAAUCCCCACUAUGCAAACUGCAGUAACUUUUAACAAAGCUGCUUUUCGAUCUCACACCCUGCUGCUGCUGCUACAAUGCUGUUCUAAGGUUUAUGACUGCCAUUAACGUUUAUGUCGUUGGUUUUCUAGUGAGAAGCUGGAUGGAAAAGCUGAAAGAUAAGGUAGGGAGAUCUACCUUUGUCUCGCUUUGCGUUUGAAGGCAGGUGCUGUCUUUUGCUUUCAGAAACCAUUGGCUCCCAAAGGGUGAAAUUUGUGGUUUCUGGUUCAGGGGUCCUUCUGAAUGGGCAGCUGGAGAGCAGAUCAUGAAGAAAGCACACCAAGAACUCAGGCCAAUGUAAGUUUCAAUAGUGGGAGCAGUCCCUACUUGCAAAUCAAUAGUCAAUUGUCAAAAACUAAUCCAUUCAAAAGUAUGUAUUCUGCGGCAGCAAGAAUAUUAUUGGCACAAAAAUGGAAGCAAGAAGAAUUACCGACGAAAGAAGAAUGGAGGAUGAAAUCAAUGGACUAUGCAGAAUUAGAUAAACUAACGGGAAGGAUUCGACAUCUCCGGGACCAGAAAUUCACAGAAGACUGGUGUAAAUUUACAGACUAUUUGAAAAGUAAUUGUAAUGAUCAGACUACGUUUGUAGGUUUGCAAGAAGUUUUGUGAGGUGAAUUAUUGGAACUAUUGCAAAAAUGGAUGAAGGGGAGGAUGGUUAGUUAGGAUAAUUAAAGGCAAUAUGAAUUUAAGAAAUGCAUAAGAAGUGGUUAAAACGGUGGAUCAUCAGAGGUGCUGAUGGAAGUCCCCCCCAAAAAAUUUUUGUAUAAGUGGUGAAGUUUUGUGGUAUUAUAAUUUAUAUGUUACAAUUAAUAAAAAAAAUUAUAUAUAUAAAAAAACAAAAGUUUCUGACAAGGAUUAUAAACUCAAAUAGAGAUUGCAAACUCUAACAGAGAUUACAAACUCAAACUCAUAAAGAUAUGUGUAACAUCAUAAUUCAUUACAGAAUCAGAGAUAAGAGUUUAUGAGUAGAGAUACGUUCAUGUUAGUCCAUAGUAAGAUUUGACGUGGAGGUCUUAGUUUCAAUCAUUGAGCAGAAGUCAGAAGUCAAUUAUGGAUCAGAAACCAGAACAGGGCCCUGUUUCAAUGUAUUCACCUUCAUCAGCUAUUGAAACUUACAUUGGCCUGAGUUCUUGGUGUGCUUUUUUCUUGGAGACCAGAUCCUGACAUAGGUUUGAAGGAUGGCGGUGACGACCUUCUGCUGUUUGCAGAAAACUGGAAGCACUGAACGCUCAGCUCGUCACUGGACCUCCUAAGCUUGUUGACCUCCAUCCUGUUGCAUCCGAAUUGGACCAUUUUCGGUCUAUUUCCUGGUUCUCAACACACGCAGCUCACAACCAUGCUUCCAUAGCAGCUGCUUGCUGAGGGUCUCUGGAUUUGAUCCUCCUCCCUGAGAACCAGAGAAUUUUGACCAUGCCGGUCCUCAGGUCAGCUGUUCCCCACGCUGAUCACAACUGAUCGGGGUAAUCCGAAAGACACCCAUGCUGAUCACCGCUAGCCAAAAUGGAGAAUGUUUGUGGUCCUUCUACUGCUGCUAAGGCCCCAAGUCCAAUCAGCCACUGCCAACAGCUGGGAAUUCUGGGAUUUGAAGUCCAUCAACACCUGGAGGACCACAGUUUCCCCAUCCCAGGCCAAGGGCUGAUUUGCACUUCAUUUUGGCAACACACCAUCUGUUGUGUUCGAACCGGGAUUGAUUGUGGGGUAUUUAUGGGAGGGUUUCAACAUCGUGCUAAGAUCUCCAGUCUUGGUUGUCCCUCAAUUCCCAUCCUCUUGGCGUGUUACUCAUCUCCUGACUACUCCUGGUUUCACCACCACCACCAAAGCAGCUACCUAGUCUGAGUAGCAUUCCCAUGUGCUGACAUUCCUUCCUAGACUUGCCAUUUUUGUUCCCCAUUCUUGCUUGAACGUCCACGAUCCCAUUCAACACUUUCACAGGCAGCAGCACCUCUUUCUGGAAACAGCAGCAGGGGAGGGUGCUAUUGAGCUCACGUUCCGUUUUAGGCCUUCCCAGGAGCAUCUGUCUGUUUGGCCACUCUGAGAAGAGGGUUUUGGACUAGAUCAGUAAGCCUGAUCUUUAUUAAACUGUUGCAACAGGGUCCCCCAUUCCUCCCACGCAGGGAGGGAGGAGAGGAACCCAGAACAAUGGCGCGCAAGCUUUUAUAUAGACUUUUGAAAUUGCCUCCCCUGUAGCUCAAGACCACCCCCCAAAACAUCAUACAUACAUCACAGAAAGAGGUGGUCCCCAGCAGAAAUUUGAGUGUGUUGCUUCUCUCCUGCCUGCCAGGAUACCUGAUAAUGCCUUAUCUGAUUGCCUGUUCUGGGUAGCCUGGCCAUUCAUUUGAGAUGGUAAAUACUUAGUUCCUGAAUCUCUUACGCAUAUUGAUAGUGUGCUCAGCUUAACACAGGGGUCAGCAAACUAAGGUCUGCGGGCCGAAUCAGGCCCAAUUUCCCUCUGAAUCCGGCCAGCGGACGGUCCUGGAAUCGCUGCUUGGAUUGUUGUGAUCGUUCGGGCUGCGCCAUUUUUUUGCAAUUUUUGGGGGGUCACCAUUUCCCCCCCCCGCGGUGGCGCCUCCUCCCUCCCUCCUCCUGCCUUCUCCCCACCCUACAGAGGAAGGGAGCUGGCCUUGGAUUGGGGCCAGCAGCCAGCCAAUCCAAAGCCUCGCUGCCCGUGCGGCCCAGACUCGCCCACCAGCCUCUCCGUCCAUGGCAUCAUGAUGGGCGCACCAUUGUGGGGCUUCAGCUGGAGCUUGGUGUGUCUGCUGGCCCCACGCCUGGUGCCCGGGAAAGCUGGCCCGGAAAGGAGAGGCGCCGCCACUGCCGCCGGCUCCCAACCACAGACAGAGCAGUGGAGGAGGUAGGAAAGGGAGGUGAGGUAAGGGGCUGGGGGAGAGGGGGGGAGAGAGAGAAGCCCCCUCCGGCGCAUGUGCGCUCCCGCGCAUGCAGUCCGGCCUGCCACAAGGUCUGAGGUGUGGUGAACCGGCCCCCUCCUAAAAAAGUUUGCUGACCCCUGGCUUAACAGAUGCUUGCCAGACUGUAUUAAGGGAGGUGUAAGCCCCUACAGUCCAAAGACAAUUGGAAAGCUUUUCCCAUUUCCUUGCUCCUUGCAGAGAAAUAUUUGAGGUCAAUUAGGGAGAGUCAAAAUGGCUUCAGGAUUGCUCUCUUGUACUAUUUCAGACACGUGGUUUAUACAGUGGUACCUCUGGAUGCGAACGGGGUCCUUUCCGGAGCCCUGUUUGCAUCCAGAAGCGAUUCGCCGCUUCCUCGCAUGCACGUGAUGUCAUUUUGUGUGUCUGCGCAUGCACGAGCAGCGAAACCCAGAAGUAACGUGCUCCGUUACUUCCGGGUCGCCACAGCACACUACCCGAAAAUACUUAUCCCGAAGCUACUUCAACCCGAGUAUGACUGUAUACUUAUGUAUGUGUUUGCAUUGUACAUUUGUGAACAUUUAUUAUAUAUAUAACCUUAGAAUUCCUAUAACACUGAAGUGGCCUCUUUUCCCUACCCUCUUCUGCAGGCUGGUUACAUGUCUGGGAUGCUGGUGCCCGUUGGGGUUGGCAUUGCGGGGGCCCUUUUCAUCUUGGGCGCUCUCUACAGCAUAAAGAUUAUGAACCGCCGGCGAAGGAAUGGCUUCAAGAGACAUAAGCGAAAGGUAGGCUCCCAACGCCCCACCCCCCGGCUGCUCAGCCUUUGUGAUUCUCUGAGGCCCCGGACAAUUUUGGCUCGUGGAAAGUGCCGCUCUGCCAUUCAGACCGGAAGCGGCAACACCAGGCUUCCUCGAACUCGGCCCUUCAGAUGUUUUGAGACUACAAUUCCCAUCAUCCCUGACCACUGGUUCUGCUAGCUAGGGAUCAUGGGAGUUGUAGGCCAAAAACAUCUAGAGGGCCGAGUUUGAGAAAGCCUGGGCAACACUGACAAACCAUAAGUGGCUUUUUUAACUAAUAGAAUUUUCUACUUCUUCUUCUUUGGUGAUCCCUCGUUGCUGAGUAAGAUUGUCUUCCAUAAACACGGUUUUAACAUCGAGUCCAUAAGUGACUGUGGAGGCCAAUUCUGUAUCUACACGUCCUUCCACAGUGGGGACAUUGGUUCCCGGGCUGGAGUUUAUCAUGGUGAGGGUUUGCCAAGCAUGCAUUCCCUUGUUUCUCCCUUGCGUCCUGAGUUCGAGUGUCUUCAAAGCCCAUGACACCUUUGGUAAAGGCUGUUCUCCAACUGGAGCGCUCGCAGGCCAGUGAUUCCCAGUUGUCAGUGUUUAUACUACAUUUUUUUAGAUUUGCCUUGAGACAGUCUUUAAACCUCUUUUGUUGACCACCAGCAUUACGCUUUCCAUUUUUAAGUUGGGAAUAGAGUAGUUGCUUUGGAAGACUAAUAGACUUUAACUAAUAGAAUUUAUAGAAUGAGCCAAUAUGACAGCUGCAAUGAGGAAUAUGGAUGAGAAAAUAACAGUAAGUGAGUGGGAAUUACUGGAAAAAAUAGUUCAAAAAGAGCAGAAUAAAUGUUAAAUAUACAAGCGGGGAUCAACUUAUGAACACCAGAUUAAAAAGGGGAAAGGGGGGUGGGAAUGGCGGGGAAUAUGCCUUAUGAUGCCUUAUGAGGAACGGCUAAGGGAGCUGGGCAUGUUUAGCCUGGAGAAGAGGAGGUUAAGGGGUGAUAUGAUAGCCAUGUUCAAAUAUAUAAAAGGAUGUCACAUAGAGGAGGGAGAAAGGUUGUUUUCUGCUGCUCCAGAGAAGCGGACACGGAGCAAUGGAUCCAAACUACAAGAAAGAAGACUCCACCUAAACAUUAGGAAGAACUUCCUGACAGUAAGAGCUGUUUGACAGUGGAAUUGGCUGCCAAGGAGUGUGGUGGAGUCUCCUUCUUUGGAGGUCUUUAAGCAGAGGCUUGACAACCAUAUGUCAGGAGUGCUCUGAUGGUGUUUCCUGCUUGGCAGGGGGUUGGACUCGAUGGCCCUUGUGGUCUAUUCCAACUCUAUGAUUCUAUGAUUCUAUUCUAAUAUAAACCAAGGAGUUGCAGCAAAGUUAAGUGAAAAUGUAGGCUGUCAAGGAAUGAUAGGCUGGGAAGUCUUCUUAUGACAGGAAAUGGCUAGAGAUGUUUUAUGGUUGUAACCAGUGUAACCUUCAGGCCAUAGGUGCCAACUCCCUUGAGCCCUGGGUGCCCCAGCACCCGCAAAAUUCCCCAUGAAGGGGGCGGGCACCCACAGAUUUCUGUGCCUGGGCCAUGCACGCUGCGUGGCACCCAAGUCACGGGGCAAACUGGGACUCCUGCUUCAGGUUUCAUCAGAAAUUUCCCCGAAGGACCAAAGUCCAUCUUCUUUGGCACUCUAGCAGUCCUGCCCGAUCCUAAGCCCAGUUUCUGACUUACCCACCCCUUUUAAAUGUGCCAAUGUACCAGGCAGGGAGUUUGGAGGAGGGGAGGGGAACAAGCAUACGAAAGAAGGUUUCAUUCCUUGGCGCUGAUGUCUUCCCUUGCCUCUCUCUUUCUCUCUCCCCACCACAGCAGAGAGAAUUCAACAGCAUGCAAGACCGAGUGAUGCUUCUAGCAGACAGCUCUGAAGAUGAAUUCUGAACCAGGCUGCGGUGCCUCGUUUCCUGCCCUCCCAUGACUUUUAUUUCCUUCUCCCCCCCUCUGUUUCCCUUCUUUCUUGUCGCCGAGGGAGGUGCGCAAGCGUUUCUGCUGCGCCGCCAUGGAGGCCGGCCACCUUCCUCUCGCUCACGGGGCAGCGGUGCUUUUACACAACCUGCCCCUAUAAGAGGAAAACACACACACACACCGAUAACAGCAUGCUGCAGCCCCAGUGUAACACACAAAUAUUGUUAUUUUUAAAAUAUAUGUAUCUCUGUACGGUCGCGCACGUUCAUUUUCCACGCACGGCACGCUGUUCCGAAUGCGCAGCAGGCAAAGGCGUGGACCCAAAAGACAAAGGACGUUUGUUGGGUGUUUUUAUUCCAUCUGCUGGCAGUUGUGCUGCCGUCCUUCUGGUGUGAGUCUCUGGAGAGGGCAAGCUUCAACCCAGAUAACUCCUGUCUCUCUCUCUCUCUCUCUCUCGCUGGGGAGCAACUUCUGAAUACGUUGCGUUACCUGAGCUGGAGUUCGCAGUUUCCAAAAUUAGCUGCUCUGUUUAAUUGAUGAAGUGCCGUCCCAAAGCAGAUCCCACCCCCAUUGUUCAGGUAGGAACUAGGUAGAGUACAACACAGUGAUAUGUAGAUUAAGAUACACCGAAGGCCCAAACUAGACGUUUAUGUGGGAGACACACGGAGGGCCCCCCACUUUUGUAAACUGCAAAGCAGUUUCGGAGGCUGCAGUUAGGAGAUAGGGAAACAGCUGACUCUCCAGGGUUUCAGAUGGGCGGCUUUCCCCAUCCCAAAACUUGUGUUCUGGGAUCUAUUGCAGGCAAAGCAGGUUCUCGUCCACAGAUCCCUUAAAAAAUAACGCUAAGGUCCUAGUCCUCAUGGAUCUGAACAAAGGACUGAUCAAUGCUGCCUCCACUGGCUGGCAGCAGGUCUUGAACCUGGGACUUGCUGCGUACAAAGCAGAUUUUCUGUCGCUGAGCUACGCUCCUUCCCCAAAUCUGGCAAGCUGGGAGCAGAGAAUGGCAGGGGAAAAUGCUUAACCCGUUUCCUUUCCGCUGGUUUCCCCCCCUUCCCUCCCUCCAGCUGCUUUUUCACCCGUGGAGGAAAAGAGACAAGACCCCUGCAUCUUUUUCCUUGACAAGGGAAAAACAGCAGGGUGUGUGUGUUAUGAUGAUUUUGAGGAGGAAGGGGAAGGGUCAAGCAUCCCCUCCGCUGCUUGUGCUCCUACUGACCUCUUGUGCUUCCAACUUAUCGUGAGGUUUCGCCUUCUAAGCAUGCCAGCCUACAUUGCAGAGCGGCUUAUUUAAAGACACAGACAACCCAUUGCUAUGUGGGAUUUUUCCAGGGCUUUUCCCCCAGCUGGAACUCACCGGAGAUCAGUUCUGGCAUCUCUCAUGUGUCGCCAUUGCUAUUAUAAGAGAACAAGGGAGGUAUUUGCGGUGAGUUCCAGUGCCUCUUUCUCUAGAGAAAUAGCGCUGAGAUUUUCUUCCCGUUGUGAAUAGCAAGACCAUGGGGUGCUGAUUCUUUUUGGAACCACAGUGUGUGGGGUCCCUUUGCGGCCCCCCCACAUGCUCCCAGUGCAUCAAGGCCCUCCCCUUGCCAGCUGUUGAGUUUUCUUUCACCAUGACAGCAUCGUGGUGUCAAAGUGCACGACAAACGCCACGUCUCGCUUGGCCCUGAGGUCACAACCCUGAUGAUGACGGUCCUGGGAUCAAUGCUGUCAUGGGACACACCCCCCCCUUUCCCCUGCGGCGGAUGCUUCUGGCAAGGCAGCCCAGUUUGUUACCGGUAUGCCGCCCGUUGGCUUGGGAACUGCCGGCCAAAGGCUUCUGCGGCCCGUCACCUGCAGUCAUGUAGUGUCAAAUUCGGAAGCGCCAAGUUCCCUUUGUGAUAGUCGCAGCCACUCACCUCUUCUGAGAUUAUGCAACCUUCUAAGAAUAUACAAUAAUAUUAUAAUGAUACAAGAAUAAGAAUAAAUAGAGAUGCAUUGCAGCCAUCAAUGC